AUGGGCAGUGAGUACAGAUCACUGUCCCCAGCUGACUCCUGUAGAAGUUUGCUCAAAGGUAUGUAUGUGCAAAAGUGCUUCUUUCUUCUUUAUAUUAAACAUAAACUUCACUUAAAAACGUCAGGAGUAUAAAGCCUGUUUUAACCCUGACAAAGAAAGAAGCAGGGAGUCUGGAAAAGUAAUUAAACAGCAGUGUGUUCUGUGGGCGGGGAAGGGGCUUCCUGAAACCCGAGAAAUUGAUCAGCUGUGCUGUGAGCUUGAACUUGAAGGUUCCUCCAUCCAGGAGACUUGUUUUUUUUUUUGUUUGAAUUGUUUUAACCAUGACAAACUGUUACAGUAUGAAUGUAAUAUGUCUGUUUGAGUCACUUCAACCUCAACUACGAUCAUUUCACACCUGAUUCGUCACUUUUACAGAGCUGUAUUCAACUUACUAUAUAAAAGUUUAAGGUCAUCAUUUUUCUUACAGAAAAUGUUUCCUUCGUUGUACCUUGUUUGAAGUUAAUCUUAUUUAUUUUAAUUUAAAUGGCUCUGACCAUUUAUAGCCAGAUGGACCCUAAAAUUGUUCAUAAAUAUAUACCUAGGCUCACUAAGAACUCAUAUACAAUCAAAUAAAGUAUAUUUUACUUUAACUUUUUAGAUGGCCUGCCAAAGAUUAAAAAAAAAAAGUAUCAAAUCAGUUUGAAAAGGAAGUAUUAUUAUAGUUUAAUUUAAUAUUAUUUUUGUUCAUGGGGUUGUACAAGGUGCUUGUUGAUACUACUACUACUACUAAUAAUAAUAAUAAUAAUAAUAACAAUAAUAAUAAUAAUAAUAAUAAUUAUAAUAAUAAUAAUAAUAAUAAAAAUAUUUGUAUAGCACCUUUCUAGAACAGUUGUCACAAAGUGCUUCACAGUCAUCACGGAUAAAUGUAUGAAUUACAGGAAAUGCAGGCCUGCUCAGCCCCAUUCUCAAGAAUUUGUGGUGCACCAACCUCAUCUAUAACUACAGAUGAGAGAACUACUUUAAAAAAGUCAAACCCAACAUUUAGGUUACCUUAGGUGUGCUAAAUUGAGACAUUUUCACCCUUCACUGUCACUUAGCAUUUAGAAAGCUAAGUGGGACAGCAGACAGCUUGGAAAAUAUGACCAAACUCAAAAUAAAGGGUUGAGACGCUGACAUUACAAAGAUUCAAUAAUUUGGCUUAUCUGGUUUCUAUUGCAUUAUUUAAAACUCAUGCUAUACAUGUUUACCUUGUGAAAAAAAUACACCAUAGACAUUAAGGCAGGACUGAGCUUAAAUAACAGACUCCACAGUCAUUAAUAUGUCAUCUGGAUAAUGUUCAGCAUUUGUUGCUUAAAAUUAUGUCAUACUAGUAUACACAUUUCCAGUAUUACUAUCAGUGUACACCGCUCACACAACCUCACUUCAAAAAGUUAAACUACCUCUUUAAAUAUCAAGAGCUUUCAAAAGAAACUGACUGAGAGUUUUGAUUUACAGAAGAUUCACCUUACAUUCACUGUAUACAGGCCGUCUUUUGUCUGAGUCUGAAAAACAGACUCAGGUAUGAAUAUCAGUUUGAGUUUAAAGUUGAAGUCUGUCUGUACAACACCUGUCUCUUCUUCCAUUCAGAGGUGCUCUUGGCCUGUGCUUGGAAUUCAUGACAGCAGUGGUGUUAACUUACCAGUCCACAACCCCCACUGUACUCCAUCCCCCAUUGUAGCCAGAUGGCUGUCACACAGGCGGUUCCUCGCCUGGACCAUGCUGAUUUCCCAUCAUUCUUUAGUUAAUGAGGUCGUUAGCAAUGCAACAGACAAUUAAAUCAUCUCAAUCUGGCAUUUUCCUUGUUUGUUUACUGUAUGCUGUACUGUACACUGUCUCAAACUCAUCAAAUCACGAUGCCUCUGUUGAGAUCAUAGCUUCUAUCCUUCUGUUUUUUUUGGUAUGAUUCGUCCCCCUGAUACUGUGCAGCAGGGAAUUAAAACAUCACUGACAGACACCCACAACUAAAGCUGUUUUCAGACAGUUGCAGUAGAAUAACAGAGUUUGUAACAAAAUCCUUGUUGGUACAUUCUCCCCUGUGAGGCUGAGAUCAGUGUCUCCAGUGAUGAACUUUGGUUUUGUACAACUUCACUCUGUGUGGAAACAACACAAUCUGAAGCUGCCACUGCACAGAGAAGUUUUGUUAGCUGCUAAAACAUGUAGAGGGGUUGACUUAAGCCGGUUAGACGAACACUCACCUUCAUGUGAAUUGCUCCUGCACUCUGUCACCAAUGACAGUUAAUUAUGGGAGUCACAGAUCACGUAGACUUGUCAGCUCAGCUACAGUUGAUGCUGCUGCAUGUUUACAUCUCGGUUGUAAUGUUGUUUUCUAGUUAUUUUCCUCCCUGGCAGCAGCAGUACAUCUGUUAUUUAGCUCCUGAAGUGCCUCGGGGCUUGCCAUAAUGAUUGUAAAAGCAGCACAGAUUCAGGAGAAUGAAAAUGUUAAGAAAGACUUUUUGGUGUAAUUGGUGAACCUGCCAUCACAGCAAGUUUGGAAAUAUUUUUGGUCAGGCAGUUGAAGCAUGCACACUGCCUCUUAGCAACACUGUCACACUCUAUAUGUUUAUGUCUCUGCAUGGCUCUAUUAUUUUCUGCAAGUGCUUAUACACAUGCAAAGUUAUUUUGACAGUGAGUGAAACUCUGAUAUCUUGUCUGACAAGCAGACUGAAAGGAUGCAAACAGAUGAAUUCUGACACAUACUGGUAUUUGGAAAGCACUUCACCGGGCUGAUUUCUACCUGCAAGCAAUGCGGUUGAAGUAAGGAACAGGGGGGUAAAGGUGGAGGCAGCGAGACACCACAUAUUUAACUGAAAAUGUGUGAUUUUUGACCAAACUUAACAGGGUGUUGAGGAAAGAAAGUUUGCUGGCUUCUCUGUUUAAAGGCUUGUCUUGGAGAUAUUAAUGAAGGGUGAGAUAUCUGCCCGGUCAGUAAUAAAAUCUGCUUACACAGAACUUGAUGGGUUACAUUAAAAAAACAGCUUUUGAUUAAAAGAUUUUUCAUCUGGAGAUAGAUCUUCACCUGAAGCAAUCUGGCUCAAUGAGAGGCCUGAAAGAGACAGGAGCUUCUGAGGCAGCACUUUAUCCCACAGUCAGGCAAGUCAGGAGAUGACAGCAAGCCCUCACUGCUGCCUCUAAAUGUUUUUAUAGGAGACCAACAUAUCUGGCCUCCAGCUACUGCCAAGUAAUUAUCAUCAAAAAUCAUAGCUGAUGGAGAAACUGGUGAAGUUUAACAGUUAGAAUCAAAGAUGAUGGUCGUGAAUUGAUCUUAUAAUCCACUGCCCAGGGUGUGACCAGAUGCUCUGCAGGUAGCACAUGAUGUAUUUAACACCUUACCCAUCAUUUCCACCCAACUGAACAAAACUGAUUUUUUUUUUUUUGCAAAAUAUUCGUCAUUUUUUCAGUUGUGAGUUUGAAGUAGAUGACCCUCAAAAAGACAAAAAACUGAAUUAUCAAUAGAUAGAGGUGGGGGUUGUGGUUUCAUGGUAAAGCAAUUAAGGGGUUGGGAGUUCGAUUCCAGGGCUGUCCAUAUGCCAAAGUGUCUUUGGUCAAGACACUUAACCCCAGUGGUGUGUGAAGGAGACUGUGAAUGAGAUCCGCUAACAACUUUCCAUACCAGCCUCUGCCAUCAGUGUGUGAAUGAGGUGUGAAUGAAUAAAUGUGACAUACAAGACACAAAAAAAAAGCACAAAAAAAAGCACUAUGAAAACAAUCAGUUUACCACUUAUGGCAAUCAACUCAUGAUGUCUCAUUCUUAAAUUGAAGCCAUAUUUUCAACAAUAACUUCAUUCAAUGGGAAAAGUUAAUCAAACUGAAGUUUAAUAUGAGUGGAAUAUAACACCCUUAAAUCUGCUUUGAUCAGUAUGAUUUGUCUUUUAAUAUUAUUUUAAAGCAUUUGUACCUUCAUUUACAGGAUAAGACGGUGGACAGAAUAGAAAACUGGGAGGCAGAAUGGAGGCUGAUACGUGUGCUGAAAGAUAGCCUCUGUGAAUGGGAUUUGUGAUUUAACCACUAAGGACCAAGGCCCCUAUAAUCAGUAUUUUUUUAUGAACAAUGAGUCAAAUGACUGCCUGUAUGGUUGAAGACAACGCCCAUUGUGAUCGACUCAGACACCCAUAUCACAUGAUGCCUCGGUUUUGCACACAGGGAUGCUUAUUGCAUUUCUUGGUUUAUUGUGUGGUAUAACAAUCCCUGACUUCUCUAUUCUAGUUUUGGACACACUUCCACAUGUACCUCUUUUCCAGCCACAGCAGGCUUCUUUCAUCGUAAAUAGUCUCCAGUUAACUGACUGUACCUGACUAGCUAAGCACCAAUAAAAGACAAGUUAUCAACAGCUCUUCUUGGUAAACUUGAACAUAGCUGUGAGACUUGUUUGUUGAAUUUUGGCGCACGUUAUUGUUAAUUAUUAUUAAAAAGUUAAAGGGCAGUAUAUUUUUUUAUGUACUGUUAUGGACAUAGUCUUGGAUCUUUUGUGUAAGAGAGAACAGGUGGUUAUGUGAAAUAGAAAACUAUACAAAUUGAAGCUUUUAUGAUCGUCAGUCCACUUUAUUGCUAUAAAUCACAUUCAACUUUAAGGUCCCAUAUUAUGCAAAAUUGACUUUAGAAUGGUUUUCUAAUAAUAAUAUGCAUCUCCAGCCUGUCUACCCCUUAAAAUUGAGAAAAUUGUGUCUUUCUGUUAGUAUUUUUAACAAAUACAAAAAUAGCAGCACAAGUAUGCAAAGACUCUGUUGUUAAACCCAUAAAACAGACUGACUGAUUUACGUUGUCUUACUUGCACAACACUUCAUUAUGUCACCCCCAUCAUUUGAUUUUAUCAAUUUUGGUGUAUUUUUAUAUUGCCCCUCAGUAUGUCAGUGCACUCCAUCAAGUCAGUUGAUACAGGCCUGUCACUAUGAUCUUCAAACAUUUUCCAAAUGCUUGCACGCAGUUAAGUGGUUAAGCCUUACAGUAGCGUUUUGUGUGGAUGAUCCAUCAGUUUUAAUGGUCAAUAAGAGAAUUUCAGCAAUGCAUUUCUCAGUGCAAGCCAUAUUGACAUGGGAAAGUAAGUUCUUGGAAUUGCAAAACAGUAGCAGCAGUGUUUAAAAUGUCUAUUUCUCCAUGACAUCUCCUGCACUCAUAUUUUUGUUCAACUAGCUCUGCUCUUGGAUUUUCAGCUGCUUUCAAAGGCAGAAAUUUGAAGUCUAAAUUGAAAUUGCCUUUAGUUUUUCUAAACCACCAACUUGGUCAAAUAACGCUGCUGGUGCUGAAAGAAUUACAGAUUUUGCAGCUGCACUCCAGCGACAGCCAGAGCAUCUGCUGCCAUUUUUUAUUCCACAUGCCUAACUCUAAAUGGUAAAUAUUUAAGACCAAAGUCUCAGGAAAAUGUUUAGGAAUUGGAAAGUUGAUGCUGUGUAGAAAGCAUUUAUGGUGAAGAAAAAAGGUGUUCUGGGGAGUGGAUAUCUUUUUCUGCUGGAUUUGAAGGUUGAUUUUAAAGACAGUGAUGCUAAGUGGAAUAAAAAAAAUCUCAUACCAGCACUGAAAAAUAACUAAAUAUAAACUGAGUGUUAUUUUUUACUGUCAAUCUCCCCUCUGCAUUACUGUAUUUAUUGUCAUGUCAAGAAUGCCAAUGUGCCACAGUUCUCUUGAAAUCCCAGUGUCACUCUGCCAUGUUUUCACCAGGGACUAAACAAAGGUAUACUGCUCUAGAGAGCUCUACUGUGUGUUAUGAAGGCUGUAAUAGGUAAUAAAUGUCGAUGUAAGUGGCAAUUCCAAGUCAAUUAACAAUUUCCUCAAUUGCAUGGAGCCUGAGCGCACAUCUGUGAUUAGGAUUCGAUGCAAUGUAAAUUCAGAUCUUAACCAUUUUAUAACCUUUAUCCCCUCCUCUUCUCCUGCAGAGAUGUCAGAGUGCUUCAUAUGCAGGGAUGCUGAACUUAAAGCCAGUGACCCACUGAGGAAUUUCUGCGACUGCAAGAAUUUACUUGCCCAUCACGCGUGUCUGUCCACUUGGAUCCAGAGGGUAAGAAAGACUCUCUAAUGCAGAGAAACCUUGAUAUUCUGAAUUUCUGUGACAGUUUUUUUUUUUUUUCUCAUCAGCCAUUUGUCAGGAUGUGAAGGAGGGAAAAUGUCUGUGUUGAGUUUCUAACUGUGAACAAAUGUGUUUGCAAAGUAAGCAUUCCUCAUUGAGACAAAACAAAGCUGUUUGCCUUAAGGUAAUGAGCUUUCUUUCAAAUAGCAAUACCAAUUAAUUUUAAUGAGGGUUGCUAACAAUGAUAACACGUCACUGUGAAGCAGUUGAAAUGCAGAAGCUGAAACAGUGAGGAGCACCUUAUAAUGGACUGGAAGAAAUCCAGGAAGCAAUUGUUCACCAGACACCUGUCACCCAAUGUAAAACUGCUCAUUAACAUCUGUAGCACUCUUUGAAUCAGGAGUUGUAUUGAUAGUGCGGUCACUGAUAAGAUGUUUAUGCACCCCGCAGAAAAGCACUUUACACUCUUCUUGGUUAAUGAAGUGUAAGUUUUAUGUGGGUGGCAUACAUUUGUCCUCUGUUCAGUUAUGGUACUCAUUGUUGCUCAUGCUAAUUACUCCAGCUCUGUUAAUUUCCAGCCAACUGCUGCUGCAGCCAGUUUUGCAAAGACGAAUUAUAAUUACCUUAGUGUAAGUAUAGGAAAGAAUAAAAUGUAGGAAACUCAAAGCUCUGAAGAAUUAUCUUUUGCCUCUUUUAGCACAUUAUUUUUGUUUUGUCUUAAACUACUGAGCUAAUUCAUAUCGUAAAAAAAAUAACCUCAGGAGUUUUAUGUUAAAUGAACCCUAUAAAACACACAACUCACACAUGGAGUAGGCAGCCACGUCAGGGCUUAGUUCAGGAGUGCUCAACCUUUUCUAAAUCAAGAUCUACUUUAAAAUUGUCUAGUCUGUUGAGAUCUACUAGUUCACACUGUCCCCAUAAUCCUUGCCAACAGCCUAUCAGGGACAUAUUAAUUAUAACAUAUAACAAUGCACUCAAGAAACCCACACAUCCAGAUGACAAGAAUUCAUUCUACCUUAGUGUGACUCACCAAAAAGUGCAUCAGCAGCCUCGAUGAAGGCUUCCUUAACAACCUUGCCGUCCUUGAAUGACUUCUUGUGUUAAGGAAGAGCAUGAGUAACUCAAUAAGAUGCCAUUGUUGCAGCCUUACCCUUGGUGUUUUGUCUGGUAAAAACAGACUGCUGUGCGGUAAGCUCACUCUUCAAUCCUGCACUUUCGGAGAGCAUAGCGGUGUUUAAGCAGGAAAAUCCAUCUCACAACUUUUAUGUACCAUCUUGAAAUGUUGUUCCAAAUUGGCCUUCUUUGGUAUGGCCAUGCUGGGUUUGUAGAUGAGACAGAUGGGCCUUGAGUUUGAGUAGACAAAAGAGUUAUCAUCUUCCCACUCCAGGUGAUAAUUUUAAGUUUUGGGUCUUUUUGCGUCUGCCAUCUUCCUUUGUUUUAGCUGCUGACUACCCCACUAGUGAGCGUCUCUCAGCAUGCAUGUGACCUGACCUGACGGCCACAACGAAGAGGAGGUGUGGCACUGGUGCAGCACAGCCACGAGAAAAACACUAUCAAAGCGUGGAUUGAUGACAAGAGUUUUAUUUACUGUUGUCAAGGCUACUUCUUGCAAUCGACUGAGAAGUAGUCCGCGAUCUACCAGUCCAUCACAAUCAACUAGUCGGGCACCCCUGGCUUAGUCACUGUUGACCAUUAACAUCCCCAAAAUAUCUUGCAAGUUGGCAAGCUUGUUGCUAGCUUGUUAUAUAUUUAUUAGGCUAGGUCUACUUUCUAGACCAACAAAUAACUUAAUUCCUUAAAAAAAAAAAAGAAAACCAAAUUCAAAGUGUAAUUGAUAAAGCCUGGAAACAGUGGAUAUGCAUUGAACUGUGACAUGCAAAAACUGCCGUAAAUUGAUGGAAACAAACAAACAAACAAACAAACAAAAAAGAGCAAAACUGGUUUGAAUAUUUGAAUCAGCAAAAAGGAAGGCAGUAAUAUCCUCAAGUGUGUCUGGUUACUGGGAACCAAUUCCUGGGGGAUAUGCAGCUUAAUUAAAACAUGUCAUUUCAAUAUUUAUGAUUUUAGCGUCUUGUCUACCAAAAGGAAACAGGUUGAUACUGCUUGAGCUACAUUGUGAAGCCCCAGUACUUGUAUACUGAUACUUCUUGGUGCCUCCACAUCUGUGGGGAAGACAAUUUGAGCUGUCCUGAAAUUGUAGUUAUUAAACAUGUUCAAUUUUUAUGAUCAGAAAUCCUUACGUGUUGGGGGGACCCAGAGAACAUCUGAGUAUGCACUCUGUCAUUUGUCAGGUGGAAUAAAAAAAUGACCAAUCAGGAUGCAAGCUAACUUUGAAAGGAAGCACAACAAAUGCAGCCAUAGCAAUGAUGGUAAAUGGGAAGCAUAAACUAUGACAGAGGUUUGAGAUACGGACACCACUUGUUGAUAAAUGGUGACAACAACAAUGUUUAGACACUGUGGAUGGGAGGCGUUGAAAAGAAAUCAGUACUUGAGUGGAGCUACUAGGAAGUUAAGCAGCUAACACCGCUUAGCUGCUGCAGUUUGCCCUGUUUGUUCACGCUAAUGUCACAUUUGACUGCAAGACAUUUGACGAGGUUGUGUUUCAUGCAUUUACGAUAAUGCUAUUAAUAGAUUCUCAUAGGAGCUAAGUGUGUUGCUGAGCUCAUCUGUGAUUUUGUUACUGACCAGUGGCAUGCACCAGUACCAAAAAGCUCUGCAGGUUUGUGAUACACAUUCCUAGCUGCAAAUUUUGAAUGGUAAACUGUACUGUUGAUCAAUAUGAGAAAUUGUUUCAGUACACUGACAUGUAUUUUACUGAAUACUUACAUAGUGAGUAACAAUCAGCGAAGUGUUGCUAUAAACCAAAAAUUGAAGAACUGAUGAACCAAGUUGUUUUAACAGGAAUGUAUGUGAAUGUUUGUAGAUCAGGUGUAAAUCUGGACAUUGAUCCAUACUAGGCCUGGACGAUAUAGAAAAAAAGCAUAUCGAUAAAAAAUAAAUCAUAUUGAUCGAUAUCGAUAAUUAUUGAUAUAAUUAUUAUAAUUAUUUAACAUAUAUUUUAAUUGCAGCCCUGGAUGUUUUACGCUAUUGCUUAAUGCCCUACUUUUAAUAAAGAACACACAAGCACUGAAUUCAAAUUCAAACCUUUAUUCAACCACCUUUUUAUUUUUUUUUUACCACAACUGAAAGUUUUUUAAAAAAGAACUUAAAAAAAAAAAAAGAAAUCAGCUUAAGUGGCCUGAGUGACGUCAGUAAAUACUGACAAACAUAAAGACUAAAGUGACCAGAAAAUCUGAUAAAUAAAUAUUUAAAUAGUCUUUUGAUGAAAAUAAACAAAACAAACAAAUAUAUAAAUAAACAGAAUAGCUUUAGGUGGGAAUAGCAUACUACCAGUUUUAACUGUGUGAGAAACUGCCCACAGCCUGGUGUCUGAACACUGAAAUAUUUCUCCCGGGGUCGGGAGAUUUAUUUUUUUUAAUUAUCAUGUGAUUGACUUAAUACGCAAACUGAGCACAAGAACUUAUCCACGCCGGUGUUGUGUCGUAGAAUGCACCCCUGCCGAAUGCACCCCCUGCUAGUAGCCAUGAUCCAAAUACUCGCGUCUUUGUAAAAUAUGAGCUCAUUUUCUUCCACUUUAAGAAGCUAAUGAGUGGACGGGAUGCAGGGGUGCAUUCUACAGCACAACACCGGAACGUAUUUCCUCCGCACCCUUCUCAGCUUUUCAACCCCUGACCCAUUUUCAUGCCUGAAGCGCUGUGUUUGAGAAAUACUUGCGACCGGUUUAGAUGGUAGAACAAGUUGGUUGUGUUACCAGACUUGGUUUUUACUAAUUCUCUGCAAAUUUUGCAAACGACCGCUGUUCGCUUUUUGUCAGACUUGUAAAAGCCAAAACAUUGCCAUGCUGGUGAACUACUGAAACCUUUUUUCGGGACAAUGUCCUCCGCUUCUCCUUGCUGUAACAUUAUUUCUAAUACACGUGCUGUCUGUUGUGGUUUGAGAGGGGCUGGGCUUGGUGCCGUAGCGUACCUGGGUCUGCGUUUGUGAUUGGUUGGGAGGAAGUAAUGACUGUAGUAAAAGCUACAUGAUAGGCUAUGAUGAAAAAGAAAGGGAAACUGUGUUUUUCUAUCGAACUUUUUAUCGACCCGUUUUUUUUCUAUCGCACCACACGUCUAUCGAUCGAUAUAUAUUGUUAUCGAAUUAUCGUCCAGCACUAAUCCAUACUUUGGACGAAAUGCUAGGAUCUCAUUUUGGAUCAGCGUAAGUAACUCAGGCCAACAUGUUUUAAAUCGGAACCUUUUUCCCAGCACUGUGGAAGGGCAAUAUAUAUACUCUCUUAAACCAACCUUAACUAGAGGGCCAAAGGGCAGAGUUUUUUUAUUUUUAAAUAAAAUCAGUUUCUGUCUCUCAUAUUCCUUUAAGAAGGUCUGUUUCAAUGUAGGUUAAACAUUAAGGGCCUAAUCUACUAAAGGUUUGCAUGUGCAAAAACAUGCAAACUUGAUAAACUGAUCUACUAACCAGGUGCACCGAGUAUUGCAUCUGUCAAAUGAGCAAAACAGCGCGCAGUCGAUUUAGCGUGUUUGUCUUCAUGAAUAUGCAUAAUGUAUGUAGAUCAUCAGAACAUGCAAAAUACUGGGAGGAGCAGGCGCAAAUGGAAUCAUUUAGCACCCAAAAACGAUAGGUGCAACUCCAUGGCUUCAAACUUUACUUUUUGGCUACGAUCACUCUGCUCACACAAACUCUCCAUGGUGACGGCCAAUAGCUCACACAAAAUCCUCGUUUGAAGAGGGCGGUCCACACCACUUUUGCACCCGUUAUCAUUUGCACAAGCAAUCAUCACCCGCAACACGCCCACUAAUAGCAUGUGAAAUUUUUUAGUUUGCACUCGCAAUUUAGCGUUCACUAUUUGGGAUCUUUAUUUGGGACCCCUAGAGUGUGGCUGGAAAUAAUGAGAACUAGAUUGUAUCAAAACAAGCCUCUCACUUUUUUAAAAUACUUAAAUGAGUUAAUAUCUCAUGAUAUCACUGGAUAUUGUUUCAAGAUAAAAAAGUGCUUUUUUGAAAUGCUUUCUGUUCACUCCUGUGAGCUUUGGGUCUCUUUUGAUACUCCACAAGUGGUAGACAACAUGCUACAGCAGACCUUUCAUCUGCACCACCCAGCUGUCAGAGUGAAGAGCCACUUCCAUUAAGUGUGUGUCUUCCCACUAUACAAUUAUAUACAGACACACAAGCCUGCACUCAUGAGGCAGACACUCUCUCACACACACACUCUCUCUCUCUCUCUCUCUCUCACACACACACACACACACAGCCCACUCUCUGCUGGGAGUGUGUGCUGAUGCUGGAAGACUACUUUAGUUUUUAGUGUGUGAGGGAAGCAGACAGAGUGAAAGAGAGCGGGAGAGAGAGUGUGCGACCUUUUAGAGUGCUCAGGGUAGGGAGCCCCUCUCCCUUUUACAGAACAGAAAUCAGCAAUUGACCUGUCACUUUUGCUCUGAUAGCCAUCUCUGGAAAGCAGGUCAUGCACAUAUGUCUAAAGUGGCUCUUAACCGCAUUUUAUGAAGCCAGAAAAUGUAAUCCAAUAAUGAUUUGACUUGAGAGAGGGAGCUAGCCAGCUGGGAGUGAUAGCAUGCACCGUUAGCACUCCUAAAAGCAGCUUGAACACAAAAGGCCAAAUUCUUUGUCUUUAUUUAAUUUCAUCCGCAACAGUUUCACACAGAUGUUGUCACUAAACAGCGGGCACAUCGAGUCAAACACCGCAAAAACUGUGCUGGCAUUUAUUUCCACAACUGUUGAAACGUGUUUAAGUGUGUUCCCAGCAGAGGACUAUCUGAGCGAUUAUCAUCUGCACUGAGGCUAACCAUACGCUAUCUUUUUUUAGACUGCCUCAUUUGUACCCCCCGCCCUCUCCUUCCCAGGUUCCCAAAGACAAAUAGCAUGGCACAAAACUAAUUAGUAACCAGGAACUAGUUAGGAGAUGCCCUUUGAAAAACAUGUCCUGAGGCAGGAUUUAAAUAUAGGGACAGAGGCAGUGACUGAGUGUGCCUAGGAGAUCCCGGCCUCCAGGCGAGGCAGCACUUUGACCCCUGACCCUCAUUAUAGGGAGUGCAUUCCUAGAGGGGUGAAACCCCUCACAGCACAAAGUACAAGGGCAUGAGAGGACUGCAUUGCUCUUACCACACCAGUCGAGUGUGGCCUGGUGUGUCUCACUACCCAACCAGACGACGGCUUGAGAAAAUACAGAGCAAAGACGCAGGCUUCUUGGAAAGUAAUGCUAUACACUCGCCAUCCCAACAGAUAGAUAUGUUUUCCAUUUUAUUACAUCUGUUUUUCAUCUGGAGGUUUUAAUGGUAAAAGUAGUCUGCAAAAAUUGCUGUAAUUCCACCCAUCUGAAAUAAGACACGUAGUAGUCGGAAAAGGGGGUGAGAAUAGGGCUUGUGAAGAUGCUAACAACUUUGCAGCUAAUUAUAGCAUUGAUGUGAGUGUUUGUAAAGUGUAAGCAGAUGGAAAACAUACCAAGAAGCUUACAUGACAGGUUUUGAUGAUGUUUUUGAUGUUAGUGUUUUUGUGCACGUGUUUUCAGCAAGUAUGCCCUUGACUGUGAGUGUGCAUGCUAUUAUUUCUGUUUAAUUGCGAGUGGUGUGAAAGUGAGUAAAGUCCCCCUCCACCCCCACCCCCACCACCUCCCUUCUUAUCCUCUCUCGCUCCGUCUCUCUCAUGGGUUGAUAAUUCUCAUCACUGCAAACAGACUUGGUUUACAUUCAUUAGCCCAACACUCACAGCAAUCAGGCCACAGUGCCAGGGGCAAUGGUCCUCUUUAUAAAAUCACAUUGCCUAAUAGCAGUGUUCUAUAAUUAUAUGCCAUUAACAUCUAUCAAAGUGGGCUUCUACAUGCCAUGCAUAUUAGCAAUGGUUGGCAAUGGCAGUUUGUAUUUGUACAAAUGCUUUCUUCUUGUUAAUAGUAUCUUCAGAUAUUUAGCACCAGCUUGAAGAUUAUUGUCACCAUGUUAUUUUAGUGUCAUGUGGAGUUCUGUCAUGUGAAGUGGAACAUUAAGUGCAGACAUUAAAACAAUAUCUACUAAUGCAGGCAGCGUUGAACUGUUGUUGAUUGGAUCCUUGUUCAAGGGGUGAAAACAGCAACAUUCAUGAUAAAUAAGAAUACAUAAUGCAACAACAAUUCAAGACGUUUGGUUUACAAUCAAGUUUUUCACCAUCAUUAGAGUGUGGGUGACCAAGCUUAUGUUUGUGAUCUAAAGGAAAGAUUUCUAAAAAAAAAUAUAUAUAUAUAUUUUGUUGGUGUCUCAUUUUUCUGUUUUUACUCAGCUGCGGUUACCCAAUUCUUUGUUUUGGUGAAAGGAGUGCUUUUAUUUUGAAAGUUUUCAAAAGUUGCGUUUCUUUGAAACAUUCAUUCCCCUGUUUUUACUGCCCAGGCUGAGGUCACUGUAUUAGCCAUUUUGUUUAAAGAAAUGCUUUUAAUUUGGAAGGAGGUCAAAUUACUUCCAAUUGUCAGUUAAAUUAAAGGAAGUGUUGUCUGUUAUGGCAGCUUCUAUCUGAGACACAACUUUUGACAGUUUGUCGAAAAAAUGCCAUGACUGCAAAAAAUGCAGUUCCUUAAGUGUCCACUGGAGGCUGGCUCCAAAAGCUAUGCAGACCCCAUUAACCCCUAUGUUAAAAUGUCUGGUUUACCAGCAAAAUUCAACAUGUUUACAGGUUUACAUACAAAAUUUGUUUGUGGUCUGAGUAGCUAAUUUCCUUAAACUUCUCAAUUCUUGUGAAUAGUAAAAGUCAUGCUUAGAUUUGCAUAAUGUGAGGAAGUAACUAAGUUGACGGUCAAGCAAGAUGUAGCUGUUUGCUGGAGAGAAAAGAGACCAUCAACUAAAUGACUGUUAGCUUAUGACAAUGUUGUAUGGAUGGGCCACCCAGGUUUCAUUUUUGUGUGGAAAAUACUGCCAGUGCAUCCCCAACUGUAAUAGCGUCACCUGCCACUGCUCCGACUGUACGCCUCUUUUUAGCUACAGACACAAGAGGUGUCUUUCUAUUGACCAGUGAUGUCAAAGACUUAAGGCGUUUUCUGCUGACUAGAAAGGGUACCAAUUAAGGAUGCACUACUGUAUCACUUGAACGUGAAUACCGACAAAUAUUGGCCCUGUUUAUUGACAUCAGCUCAUCAUAGAUUAAUGUGUCAUUCACCAGUUUCAGUAACUGAUGUUUAUCUGUAUUCUGUGGCAUCCUUUCUCUAUCUUCAUCACAUUGAUGUAAAUCUGGAAGCUAUUACUUAUUACUGCUGAUUCAGAGAUUUUUAUACGGUAAAAGAAGACCCCACUGAACAAACUAUUUUAUUUUGAUCAUCAGACAUGAAAGAAAUUGUUUGCCUUGUGGGAAUAGGAUACAGUCUCUGAGGAAGAUCAGCAACAUGCAGAUUGUAAGACAUAUUCUAGUGGCAUUUUAAGAGGGAUUUUAAAGGGCGAAGGUGCAACUAUAUAAAUACAUCAAAUCUCAUUGCUUCUUUAAAGAUCCACUCUCAUAAAAAUGGUGUUUUUCUUGUUGUCUUCAUGUUCAUAUGGCAUUUUUUCUAAUGCUACAGGACAUAACAUUAGAAAACUAAGAGCAAACUGCAUCUCUGAGCAUUUCUUCAUUCAAAUCGCUGUGAAUCUCUGGCAGACCCAAACGGUAGGUUGAGACACAGUGAGAUUUCAAACGUCACAAAUCCAAGCUCCGCCCCUGGAGCCCCGAUAUGCAGGCCAGACUCAGAGAAGUAGAGAGGACAAUCACGGAACAAGCAUGUGCGUUAGUGGAUUGCAAUGCUCAUAAGAAAGCUAAUUAUGAUAUUAACUUUCAUCAUGUCCCUAAAGACAUUAGUGUCCGAGAGCUGAAUGGUUCCUGUUACCUGCCACUUCUACUACACUGUCAAUGUUAGGCUAGCAUGAAUGGGAGUGUGCAGAGCAGUGCUGUCUCUGCCCAUGACUCAGAGGUGAAGUGCCAAUGGGCGAAUGUAGCUCUGCAGAACAAAAGCCCUUGAAAAUGACACAGGUAAUGUGAUUUUGACUACAAACUUCAGAAUCACAAUUUAAAGACCACUGAGAACACUUUUAAAAAAAGAUCGGAGUGAGACUUUAAAUAACAGACACAAAAAUAUUUCAUAGGCACCAUGCAAAAACAUCAGUAUUGACUGUCACUUAGCUCUAAUUUCUGCUUCUUUGAUACUGGUAAAAUUUUUCAUCCCAUCAGUUUUGUUGGUCCCUAUAAAUACAGGUUUUCAACUGUCUCAGGAGAUGUGGGGAACACACUUUGUUAGUAUCUGUUUAGUGUUUCUCUGUGAAAACCUGUAUAUUUUCUUUGGAUUUCAUGUUUGUGUAAUAUUAUUUUUUGCACCUACAGGCUACCGUACGGCAAGAUUUUAGCUUUGUAGUCAAAUUAGCAUCAAUUUGUGUGCAGAAUAUUCCUUGUUCUUUGGGUUGAGGGUGAAAUCUCAUUUUCCAAACAGCUAUAAUUACCUUAUUGAUCAAAACACAAACAAAAUGAUUUAUCUUGUGCAUGCCUUUGUUUGGUACAUCCUGCUUUUGAACAGUUGUUUUGAUAAUUCACGGUCACUAAUUACUUUUUCUCCCUUAUAGGGUUGUGGGAGUGAAGACAGGCUACGGUGCAUUGUCUGCAAAGCCAAGGUUGGUGUUUUCAGUCAAAUCCAGUUUUAUUUAUAUUGCCAUUAGUUGCAAAAAGUAUUUCACUUUCGGAGGAGCAUACAGCACCUUUUCUUGAUUUUUAUAGGGAAAGGUCAUACUCGCAAAAAUGAGAUAAAUAAUGAUUAAAAGGGAAAUAAAGUAAGAAACCUCAGUGUGGAUUCAGUCAGACAUUUGAUGAUGUCUCAUUCUUUUAAUCUGCCUUGGUGAAAUGUACGUAACGCAUUUAAACAAACACCAUUUAAGUCAUUAAACAGUGGCUGCAUCUCACAAAACAGAUUAAAGCAGAGCAGAUCCAUAAUACUAAUGAGCAAUCAGGUCUUUGUUUUGCUCUGUGAUUUAGUUGAUUUGCUAGCAGUUGUGUUACUUAUGAGCUGUAAGCUGUCUUUUAUUCCUUAUUAUUGCAGCAGAGCCCUUGCUGUGGAGAAGAAGGGAGAAAUAUUACAAUAUUUGGCGAAGGAUAUAAGCCUUGUAAUGACAAAAUCUGUAUUCAUUUCAUGAGCCGAAAUUAAUCGCGCUUUCCUGUGGUACAUGCCUAAUGCAAAUGUUCCAUCAACACAUUGUGUCUUGUGUUUGUGGCUUUAUUCCUGUGAAACGGUGGGGCUGAUGUGUCAUCACAGAUGGGGUUGCAAGCUGGAUAAGGUGGCUACAUUACUAACCAUCUGAGAUUAGAGACUAUGCUGUUGAUGUGUUGUAUGUAUUCAUGGUUGUGCUGUGGGUCAAAGCAUCAAAAGCUGGAGACAGAGUGUUUUAUUCAUUGUUUGCUCUACAGCAGCGGGCUGAAAAUGUGAUCUUUGCCGUCUGCGUCUGUGUGUGUAUGCAUGAGGGGAAUCCAGCCUGUGGAAGAAAAUGUCACAGUAACUCUAACAACGACCUUUCAGGAUUUUAAGAUAUUUUAAACAUGAAAGUGUGCACACACACAGAGUCAUACACUGUUGAAAGUUAGAUGAAACAUUUUGUCUAAAGGGGAGUCUUCUAUGAAUAUUUUUUAUCCAAAUAAAACAGAUUUGUCUCUAUUUGGAACCAUGAGUGUCUCCCAUGGGGUGUGGUUUCUUUUCAUAGAUGGUAGCACAGUAGCAAUUGCAUGAUCAUCAUGUUAUCAGACAGGUUUUUAAGUACAUUGAUGAUUGUUAAUAUUUGUGAUUUUUUUUCAAGGAAAAUAAUAAUGGUUUUGGUGGACUUCCAGUUUGUAGAAUCACCUUUUCAGCUCCAAAGUCUUUUCAGACGUAAACAUUUUAGACCCCAGCCAAGAUUUCCAAAAGGUUUGCAGUUACAGACGCUUGUGUGCUACACAGUUGAGAGCCUUGCCACCACACAUGGUUCAAAGAUUGUUAAAAAUUCACAUACCAUUGGUUUUAAACUAUUACCUAUUAAAAAAAAAAAUUGCAUGUAUUGCAUUCUCUUUUUAGAGUGACUAAAAAUUUGCGAUAAACAAGAAAAUAAAUGCUUGUUAGCUUAACUAGUUAGCUUACUAGCUGUCCUGAUAAAUAAACUUAGUUCAGACUAGUCAGUCUGGCAAGGCUUGUAAGCUGAACAUUAAACUGAGCAUAUUAGCUAGCUUAGUCUUCAAAUUGCGCACAACUUCUUGAUCAUAUUAUUUCAAUACUUGCAAAGGUCACCGGCAGCUCCUACUAACUAUCAGUCCUAGGCCUGCAUAUCACACUAACAAAGUUGAGUUUUAGCAAGCUGCCACAGUUGUAUCAAACAACACCACCACUUAUCUCAAGCAAAAGCUAUUUACAUCAGAUGUUCAGGUUUUCGUCUGGUCAAAAUCUUCACGAUCUGUCAGAUCUUUUGAUGGGACACAAAAGAAAUUAACUCAGGUAAUCUUGUUUUGUUUUUGGAUUUUUUGAAUUCCCCAUUAAAAAAUAAAUAAAUAAAAGAUUUGUAAAGUGUGGUUUAGCAAACAUCUCCUUAAAACCACAUACAAGGGAAGGGCAUGUUGUGAAAACUGAUUUCCGUUAAUGGCAGUGAAAAGAUGCUUAACAAGUGAACAAGUCCAGACAGAGCACACAGUCAUAACCUAACUAAAAGCUAGCCAACACAUCCUGUUCAUUAGAGAGGGUUUAGAAAAAGAGAUUCAUGGGUGCUAAAACCUGACUAUGUCACCAAACAGGGAUGAAUCAUCCACACUUUUAACUAUUUAUUUAUCAAUUAACUGAAAUAUUUUUUAAGUUCAAGUAAAAGUGAUGAAUUAAAAAAAAAAAAAAUCAAACAAAAACUCUGUCUUGUCUGUGCAUGUUAAUAUCUAAAAAGUUUGGUAUUGUUGUAUUAUGGCAGCACACAUUGAGCUGCAGCCCUAGCUGAUGGCUGCACUAUGGCCUAGACACCACAUGAAACAGGCAUUUUGUAAAGAUGUCGUACAUGCAAGAUAUUGAUAAUUAUUUAAAAAGAUUAAUACAGCAGAUGCAAAUGUGAAGGUGGUGAUGUUUAAUCACAGAGUUGACUAAAUAUAUACAUUCAUUAUGGUGAGGUUGCUGGAAAAACUUCCAUGAACUGUCAUACUAAGUUGAAGACUCCCUCCUGGUUGCAAUAAUUUAACCCCGUGUUGUUUCUCUGACAGUAUUUGGCUGCAGGCAAACACAUUCUUGGUGCUAAAACCAUCUCUGCCCUUCUUUUACCUAACAGGGGACAUUUCUUGCACUUCCUUACUAUGUCUAACUGACUGUUGCACUUGUCUUGGUCCAUUGUACCGAUGGCGCUGGCAUCAAUUAUUAAUGCGGAGCAGUAAAUGUCUGAGAGACAUCCCACUGAGUGACCAAACAGCCAUGAACUGGGUUAGUAGCAGGACUGGUUGAUGCUGCGAAUGGCAGCUGUGCCAGUUAGAGAAUUAUUGCUGGGAAGCUUCUGCUGUGUAUUGAUAUGAACUUUGCUGCAGUAAGUUAAUGCAUCAGUAUAAUAACAUUUUAAUGUUUGCAGUAGCACAGCUAUUUAGUCGUCCCCCACCGUAGAGGGAUGUAUAUGUAGAUCAGCAAUGACUGUAAUGAUGAUAGUGAUAAUCAUUUGGUCCUGUGCUGCUAUCACUCUUUAAUGCAUAACUGCAAUCAGCCAUGGUUAACAUUAAGAGGAUUUAGUCAUUUAGACUUUAAGCCAGCAGUGCUCAUCAUACUGUCCACAACUCAACAUGCCAGACACUGUCACUUUUUCUUGAUGAUGCGACGUUUCCUGUAUGUUGUCUUCCCUUUGCAACAGGGUUUCAAAUGUGGGCCAUUUGUAUGAGUUAUGCUAAUUUGCUGGGGCAAUGAAUGCAUUAAUUUCAUUAGCACUUGGCCUCAAAGCAAUAAUUACCAGAGUAGGUGUGUCACAAGCAAUCAUGUUAAAAUUUGCCAGUUAAUUAUUAAGAUUUUGUUCUGAGGGACCUGGAUUUGACACGAGUCGCCGAGGGAAAAAAAGAGAGGGGAAAGUUAAUGCAUUCCAGUGGCCGAGGCUAGGUGCUUGUUGUUGAACACACAGUGGGGGUGGUUGUGGCAUCGUGGGCCUACUGGCACGAUUUUUUUGCAUGUUGACAGCUCACAUUCUGGACUAAUUACCGCAAAUAGCAGAGGGCUAGCUGGUGCUCGGUCAGUCCAGGAGGGUGUAAUUAUAAAGAAAAGGAGGUCCAGAGCCGCCUAAUGGCCUCUGCUCCCUUUGAUUGGAGUCCGGUGGAGAAGACAUUUGUGGGGAGAUGUGAAGGGGGAAGAGAACCGUGGCUCUCUUCCUCAGCCCUGAUUAGCCCAUGUCCAGCAAAGAGCUGGAGUCAGGAGGACAGACUGUGUGUCUAAUGAUGCACUCUUAAUGAAAAAUAGUAAUUCUUGCUACCAGGAGGGGUUCCUCACCUGAUACUUGCAGGAGCCAUUAGAGGACUGUGUCUUGAAAAGAAAAGAGCUGCUUUAAUGUCCUCUUUUAAUUUCAUAUUUGUGGCUCUGCUUUUUUGUUCGAUCUUUGUGACUAGACUUGAGACUUUUGACAGUGAAUAAACAAUGCUAGGAAGGAGAUCAUCAGAGCAGCUGAAUCUUGCUUGUUUGUUGUCUGAAAUGGUGAUGUGUCGGUCACCAAAGAGUUCACCUCUAAGAGCUGGCUUUUGUCCUUGAACACUACAACCCACUGUCUGUUAGAGACAUGGUUUCCUUUUUUUCCCUCACCUUUUUGUUGUCAUUUAGUAUACAACAGAAUAAAAUGAUGAUCAUCUCUCCACAUGGCUUGGCCCCAGGGACAUGGGUGUCAAUAUGUGUGGCAUGCAAUUGCUUGGAUGCAGGGUUAGGAGCUGUGAUGUUGGUUUUCAAAGGUCUGGUGCUUGAUGUUACAAUGUAAAUGUUUUUUAGUCCAAAUGUCAUGUCAAAUAAUGUUUUUAAUAAUAUAUUUAUAUAUAUAUAUAUAUAUAUAUAUAUAUAUAUAUUUUUUUUUUUUUAAAUAUAUAAAUAAAUAAAUGCAAACAUGUCAAACACAACUCCAAACUAGGGCUGAGACUAUUCCUCUAUUAAGUACAAUAUCAGUAUAAAAUACAGAUCCCAGCCACAGAAAGACUCAUGGACAUGAUUUCUGGAUAGUAUUAUACAUUUCACAACUUACAUUUAUAUGGUAAUGCUGAGGUUUUACUGUAGCCUAUGAUAUCACAAACUAUGGAGAACAGACAUUUAAGUCCAUUUAAGCCAACUCAUGAUCUUUCUUUACCCUAGUUUCCAAUUAAAGAAUAAGGAGAUAUGUUAGAGACAUGGUUAUGACAUCAGCUUGCAAUUUCACAAAGUAAGGAUCCAUCUGAUCAGUUGUUGUUAUGUAAGAUGUAGAGCUGUAAGGGCUUAAUGAACAUCCAGCAAAGAGAAAGUUAACUAUCAAUUACGCCCUGAGCUAUCCUCACAGAGGUCUGACAGAGUGAGCUGAGUUAGAGCACCAGUUCUGGUUUGGAAAAUUCUGGUGUCUUUGUUUUGUCACGAUCAACAAAACAAGGCUCAAUAUAGCCAGUACAGAACCAUGAGUAAGUGCUUCUGGAAAGAGAUGUAAUGGAUUUCCAGCAACAUUUUUGUCAUUAGGUUUUUAUGUGGCUACAGUCCUAACCAAGUUACUCAUUAAUUCUGGUUUAAGGAGGGACUGUACUACUUCUUUGCUGUUGUUUUCACCCACUCAUUUUAUCGUUUUGUACAUAGUUUUGAUUAAAAAACGCCAGGGUUCCUACCAUUUUUAAAUGUAAAAAGGCAAAGUAGAACCCUGCUAAAUAUGCAAUCUUCAAUUUUGUCAGAACAAGGUCAUGGCUCUGAUUAAGGUCCCUCACAUAUCCUGAUAGCAAUGACAACAAUAGUCACCUAGCUCAUUAAAAACAACACCUGAAAUUGUGUAAGGAAAAAGGGUGAGAAUCCUCUAAUACCCUAAGACAUACUUGUCAUACCUUUGUCACUACUGUGUUCUGUAUGCCAGUGUACCGUAAGAAAAUAGAGAGCUAUCUUAUUUUGUUUUUUUGUUUUUUUUUGUAUUCCGGAAUACAAAAAAAAAAAAAAAGCAGCCACUUUGCUACACAAUGCAUGCUGGGAUAGUCAAUUUGAGACAAAAAGUGACCAACAGAGUUUUGUGGUGUGAUUGCUUGAAUCGGUUGGCAGUGCCUCAGAAAUAUCAAUGCUACUGCAGGCUGAGCUCAUCUUUGGUUUCGGUAAUCGGCAGGAUUACAAACACCACUUCAUAAGCUGCGUAGAAACUGCACAAUCUGGACAAUGUAAAAUUUUUUUCAUCUUUAUGUAUGUAUCUAUAUAUAUAUUUAUGUUUAUGUGUGUGUUUUUAAUUAAUCGGUCGAUUUGAAGCUUUAAAAUUUUAUUAGUUUAAGUAAUCUAUUUACAUUUUUUUUUGUUAACAAACGGCUGCUUUUGAACCAUUCAAACACUUCUUCAAAGAAUUAAAGUUAGAAAACUCAUUUCAACUUAUUUUCAACACAUUUAACCGGCUCGCCGAUAAAUCGGUCGGGUCCUAGUAUAUAUGUAUAUUAUGCCUUUUAUUUAUACCAUUUCAUUUAUGGCUAUGACUGUACAGACUACGAACCUCACUAAAAGCAAGGCAUAAAUUAAUGUUUAAUAAUAUUAAAUUAAUAUUAAUGCAAUUGCAAUGUGAGUUUUGAAUUUUUGAGUCAGUAUGUUGCUGCAUGUUCUUUGAUGUUUACACCUUUAGAUGGCGCCUGCGAGUUAGGGGCAGAAACAACUCAAAAGUUCAAAGAGGAGAAGUGUUGUGAGCAGUAGAGAAGAAGUAACACUUGUCCACUUGUGUAUUUGGCUGCAGUGUCUUCCACAGACGGAGUUGCAGUUUUCCUUUCUGUGCUGUGUUCUCCUCAUAUUCAGAAUGGCGAUCAGGCUUUCGUAAUCAAUUAAUCCCAACAUGAAGAAACUCUCUGCAGAUGCACCCCCUCUUGAAAAUUUAGCAUUUCACACUAUGCAAAUCACUAUCUGUGGUUCUCAAAUACAUUGAAAUACAUCCACACGGUAGACAUGUUGGUUCUUAUCUAGACAAGCACAUACUGGCUGCAGUUUCUGCUUGCUUCAUCACGAAAUCUGUUUUAGUAAUAAAAGUCCUUUAGCCGAAAACUGAAAAUGCACUUUUGGACCAUUUUCAGCUGAAAAUGUUUUGACAUCCUCCAUCACUCCAGUUCCUAAGAGGAACCAACCCAGUGGGCUGAAUGACGGUGGUGUCACUCACUUCACAUCUGAUGGAUACUAUGGUGUGGCUCUUCCUCAGCCUUCUUAGACUCCAGGUGCAACACACCCGGGACAGUCUGCAGUUUGCAGGUGUUGGUGUGGAGGACACCAUCCUCUACCUGCUACACAGAGCCCACUCACAUCUGGAUAAGGGGAGUGGCACUGUGAGGAUCUUCUUUCUGGAUUUCUCGCGUGCCUUCAAUACUAUCCAGCCCCCUUUGCUUGAGGACAAACUUAACAGGAUGUGUGUGUACCCCUUUCUGGUCACCUGGAACUCCCAUAGAUGUUUUAUCAGUCCACGGCUGCCAGUGUCCUUUUUUUUACUCAAGAGGGACACAUCCAGGCUGGAAAAACUGAUCAGAUGAGCUGGUUCUGUGGUUGGCAUGAAGCUGGACUCUCUGGUGAUGGUGGCAGAGACGAGGACUAUGGACAAACUGGACAUUAUGGACGAUGCCAGUCACCCUCUGCACACUGUCAUCAUUGACCAGAGAAGUUUAUUCAGUGACUGCUCCUUCCCAAGUCCAGGACCAACAUACUAAAAAACUCCUUUGUCCCUCAUACCAUCUGACUGUACAACUCCUCUCUAGGGAGUAGGAGGAGUAACAGGAAGACAGAGGAUGGUAAGGAGCAGCAAUAUUGCUGUAGUAGUUGCAGUCAUAGUAAUGUGCAAAUGUCUAUAGCUUUAUAUAUUUCUUUUUAAUAUGUAAGUACUUAAUUUAACAGAAAUAUUAUUAUGUCUUUAUUCUUUAUAUAUAAUUCUUUUUUUUUCUUACUUAUUUGACCAUUCUGUUUUUUUUUUGCUACCCAUAUUGAUGCUGCUGGAAUUGUCAUUCCUUGAGGGAACCUUCCCAAAUUUUUUUUAUGGAGCAUUUAUUCAUAUUUAUCCUUUAUUUCUUUUAUAAUGGAGCGCUCACUGUAUUGUUUGCCUAGGUGCAAAAGCAAAGUUUCCAAUUUGCUUUGAACAAAAGAAUUUAAAUAAAUGUGUUGUCAUUACAUUUAUUAUACUGUGGCUUGGAUUAGAUGAAAUAUAUUUGAAGUAGAGCCUUCUUUGGCCAACAGCAUAAUGGAUUUAUUUGUUUAUUUAUUUACAGCAAAGCUUAAGCAUUUUUCUGUCACGAGAGUCCAGUCUCUCAUUUGUGUAUUGGUAAACAAAAAUUAUUGGGUAUAUAUGAGACUUUCUAACUCAGCUCAGCAGGUUUUAAAAGUAAAUUGGCAUAUUAAAUCAUGACACUGAAAACACACCAGACUGAGCAUUGCUACAUGUGAAAGCUUAGUUUACAUCCUGUGCUCACCAAACUUCAAAUCUUCAGACUAAUUUCAGCACCGUUUCUGCACCUUCCCGCCCCGUGUCUCUCAAGUGUCUCCUUAAAGGUGCAAGCAUUAACACUCCCAUCCCCCUUUAUUGGGGAAAAAAAAAUGUUAAUCAUCAGUUUAUUUUAUAUGGAAAGCAGAUUAUCCUUUGAUUUUGAUGAAUGUAGCAGCUGCCAGACUCUUCAUUUGACUAAAAGCAGGACACUCUGCCGAGGCCUCACAAAUGUCACUAAGCCUCUGUCAGGACAGCGCAGUGACUGGAGAUGACACAUGAAAGGACUUCCUCCUCAUGGCUUUCCCAGGACAAUGGAACAUGGCCUUGAGGUAGAGAGAGAGAGAGAGAGAGAGAGAGUGUGUGUGUGUGUGUGUGUGUGUGUGUGUGUGUGUGUGUGUGUGUGUGUGUGUGUGCGCGCGCGCGCGCGUGUGUGUGUGUGUGUGUGAACUCUCCACUCUAGUGAACAAAAGAAACAUCCCAAAGUAGAGAGGUGUUUGCUCUGUGAAUCCACUCUAAAAUACAUUUAGAUGUUUUAUUUUAUUUUAUUUAGUUAUUUUUUUACUGCUGCUUUGAAUGUACUUGGAAGGAUCACUUCCAAGUACAGUUACUGUGGGGGGUAGGAAAUACAAUAACAAGGAAGAGAACAUGUACCCUGUUUUUUUUCUAUAGAGGAUUUAACCAUUUUUGGACGCCUUAGUUACUCAAGGCUAAGGGCAGCUAUCCUACCAAACCUGAUACAAUAUUUUCUCUGAAUCUUUUUGCAUGAAUCCCGAACAGUCUUUCAAUCAAAAAACUCAAAACUCAAAAACAAUCAAAUAUACAGUAGUAGUUAAACCAUAUCCUUUUGAAGGUACUCUAUUUAGUAACAAGAAUGCUCACCAAUAUCUCACUUCUACACUGAAAUGCUCUCAUCCUCCUUGUUUCCUAAGCAGUGCGUUUCACACUGACAUUCAAUGAAUAUAAAAACAUAAGGCUACCAGUCUGCAGCUCAGUGCCACUGUAGAAACAUAGCAGUGGAAGAUAGUGGCCUAAGUAGAAGGAGGCCCAUGAUGAAGGAGGGACAUUAUGAAAGUUAAUAUCAUAAUUUGCUUUCUUACGAGUAUUGCAAUCCGCUACCGCACACGCUUAUUACGCAAUUGUCCUCUCUGCUUCUCUGAGUCUGGCCUGCAUAGCGGGGCUCCAGGGGCGGAGCUUGGAUUUGCUACAUAGAAUAUGUCACUGUUUCUGUGCCUGCCAUUUAGGUCUGCCAGAAAUUUACAGCGAUUUGAAUGCAGUAAUAUUCAGAAAUGUAAUUUCGCACUUACUUUUCUCGUGAUAUGUCCUUUAUUACCAGAAAAAAAAAUGCCAUGUGAUUAUGUAGACAACAAGAAAAACAUGAUUUUCAUUGGAGUGGGUCUUUAACUAAUUCUGCGAUAACAAAAAACAAAGGGAUGUUCUAUAUCAGGAAUUAUCUUCCAUUUCUACUCUAUCUGUUCUGCUAAGUGCUGCUAAAGACUACACACUCCUCCUUUUAACAUUCAAACAUUCAAAGUCUGGACUGACUAAUAACCUAGUUAAAUUGUAUUUCAGUUUGAUGUAUUAAGCUAGUAGGCAAGGCUGUCUACUAGCUACUGGUGUGGCUGUCAACUGUGGAUCAGUAGUAGAGCUGGUUGUCUCUCAUUCAGGGAAUAGUCAAAAACUGAUGAGCACUUUACAUUGUUACCUCUUCCAUCAUUCAGUACACUUUACAUGCACAUUUACAUAAAGCACAGCAAUCACUCUAUAAAGUGAUUAAGCUGGAUUUCUGUACUUGUCCCACUUUACAUGCACUAGGCAAGAAUUGCAUUUUUGACAGAAGCAUGUCUCCUUCUGCUACAGUAUGUGGCAACAUGACUCUGAUUGGCAUGUCACAUAUCAAAAAUAGCCAGCAAAACCAGUCAGCAACAGGCUCACAAGAUGUCACCAUCAAAGUUUUUGCCUUUUCUGCAUCCUUUCUUUAUCUGUCAGGGUCUUGUUUAUUAGCUGUUUUCCUAACAACACAUCUAUGAAAAAAACCUCUCUGGUACAAAAGUGAGUAUCUUUUGAUGAGUUAUUGUACCAUCUCUAAAGUAGGAGCACUGAACACCCUUUUUUUUCAGUUCAACCAAAACCCAAACCUAUGUUGUUUCUGGCUGUCAAUAUUGCUCCUCACCUCGAAUGUACUUUGUUAGGAAUUCAUCUCCGAACUUUGGCAGAUGCUGGUGUCAGUUUUAACCUGAAAAGUGACCAGACAAAAAAUAACAAACACUACAGCAGCUGUUUCGGUUGGAUAAGGUUGCAAACAAGAUUUAAUUUUCCUCUUAGUAGGGUCAGUCCACAGCCAUUAUUCCUAGAAACGACUUAUACUCUGUAAUUUCACCCUUUUUUAUUUAACCUCCAUGCCCUCCUUCUCUUUCUGCCAUCCCUCCCUGAGCACAAUUCAUUUGAGUUCCUGUUCAGGAGGGUCCUGAGGCUGAUUCAAUUAAGUUUCCUUUAAUUGGCUUUCAGGCAUCCAAACUGAAACUGAUAGAGAAUUAAUAACAGCUCCAAUUGGUCUCAACAUUGUUUGCAACCCUGGAAACAUCCUUAAAAAAUGGAGGCUGAUACAGGCCCAUUUUCCAUGUGUCUGUUUUGGCAGCUCAGUAAUACAGCCGUGAGGAAAGCGCGGUCACAGUUACUGUGUGGUCCCAGAUUUUGGUUUGCAAUUCAUCUCUUUGUCAGCACCCUCGACAUUUGGUGCAAAUUUGCACCCACAAAAACACAGCAGAGGCCAAAGAAAGCUCUGCAUAAGUGCAGUGUGUCUGACUCUUGCCUCUUUUGCUAAAAGGUGCACAUGCUCUCAAAAGUUCUGUGUAUGUUUGGUGUUCUUUAGAUUCAUCAAAUCCGUCAGUUAGUGGUAAUAGAUUAAAACACUCUGUGCAUUCCUGUUAAGCCUUUCUAGUAUGUUCUCUCUUAUUCAUUCGACACUGAAGCACAUGUUGUACAAAGCAAACAUAAGCCAAAAAAGGAGCAAUUUUCUCCUGUCUGACAAGUAUUUCUCAGUGGGUAUGGCUCACUCUGAGUCCACAGAAAGAGAAAUCAUUUGCAGAUGCAUUACUAUUUAGGUAGGUAACAAAAGAAGAGUUGUGAAUUGGCAGGAAAUGAAGGCUGCUAGAAUUAAGGUUUGAAGUUCACAUAUCAUUAACAGCCAUGAAAUCAACUUUUCCUCCGACUAUGCUUUCCCCCCAGAGUCUGCCUUUGUCUUCAAACAGCGCCAAAGCAAUCAUUAUGCUCAGACAUAAUGCACCAUAAUGACAGUAAUUUCAGUAUCAAAUUUUCAAAUGUUAGGCCUUAAUUCAUUGUGGUUAAGUAGCUUAGUUGUAAUUCACAUUUUCUACCCUUCUUAGCUGAGUGCUCAAGGAAUGAGACAUCUGAAAGAGGACAGGGGGGGCUACACAUGCAGGAAAUGUUAGCGGCUGCUUGCAUUUAGAUACUGCUUCCAGCGUAUAUGAGGCCUUUUCUUUUCAGCAAAAGAUAGUCAUCCUGUCUUCUUUUAUUUACCUUUCUCAUAGUGAUAACUGUAGCAUGUAUUAAUAAACAGAAACAAAAAAAAUCAUACUCAGCAGUUUUUAAUUUGCCCCUUUGUACAAGGUAUAAAGGACACUUUUCAAGUAGAUGCUCCGUAUCCACGUAUUAGUUAUGUUCCUCCUUCUUCGCAGGAGUUAUAGUGACAGCCUGAUCACACAGUAUCACUACCUUCUGGUCCAUUUUUCUUUGUCGUGUGAAAAAUAUUCACCAACACUUAAGGUGGACAGGAUUCUUUUUGAAAACAUAGAAAAAGAAAUCCUUUUUAAAAUACAUAUAUGCAUGUUAACAUAACCUACGCCUGAAAGUUGUGCAGCGAAUUGUCGAAUGAUGAGUGGACAGCCUCAAUUUGUGACAACACCGAAUACUAUCAAAGUUCAUAGCGGUUAUCUGGAUAACCUUUUUAGGCUUCAGAUCAAAUAUAGGGCUGAAACGAUUCCUCGAGUACCUCAAUUACAAAAAAUGAUAAAGGAAUUUUCUCAGCCUCGAGUACUAGUUUAUAAGCUUAAACCGAUCUACACGGAUUAUUUUCUAGCGGACACAUCGGGCUUACAUCACCACUGUCGAAGGAGGAGUUAGCGCGGUUUUGGUUUUGCGGAGCGGAAAAAAUGAAUGAUGAGAGGGACUUUUCUCCUGCAGAGCUCCAGUAGCUCAUUAGUAAUUCACUCUGAGUCGUGGGCGGAGACAGCUCUGCACACUCCUCUUCAUGCUAGCUUGCAGCCUAACAUUGCCGGUGUAGUUGAAGAAGCAGGUAACAUAGAAGCUAUUCAGCUCUCAGACACUAAUGUCUUUAGGGACAUGAUGAAAGUUAAUAUCAUAAUUAGCUUUUUUAUGAGCAUUGCAAUCUGCUAACGCACACGCUUGUUCUGUGUUCCUUGUUUCUAAAAAGGAAAACAACUGAUUGUUCAUGAUUAAGUUAAAUGUCUUAUUUUCUCUUGUAUAAUAAUAAUUGCACUUUAACUGAAAAAAAAAUAUGUUUUUUCCAAUUACUCAAUCAAUCGAUGGAAUAUUCAGUCAAGUACUCGAUUACUACAUUUUUGAUAGCUGCAGCCCUAAUCAAACAUAUUUGUCUUAAGUUGUAUGAGUAUUGCUACAUGAAUGAUCGCAUUAUUAUCAUGACUUGUGUUUUAUCAUAUUAAUCAAAGGCUGUUACACUUUGUUUCCGAUGUUGUUCAGUUUUCUGCUCAUACUAAAAAUAUAUGACAACAUGUAUGAGUCAAUAUAGAGAAAGCCCCAUUAUAGUGACUUAUAGGCAUUAAAAAUGCACAUAAAACCAGCUAACUCGUAAUGCAGGAGGCCCCUAGUCUGCAUAAUGUUAGAUAUUACAUCUGAGAGAGCAGCAAAGAGAUUAAAACAACAAGAAAACUGAUCAAAACUGCAUUUAAUGACAUCUACUGCAACUUUGUGAAUUUGUACUUUGGACCAAUUUCAACCCUUUACUGGAGAAGUUGUUCAUUAAUCAACGUCUCCCUCAUAGCUGACCUCCUGCGUGUGAAUCCGUUUUUUUUUUUUAUUAUAAGGCCCCUCACAGCCAUUAUGCACAGAUUCUUUCGGUUCCAAACUGAGCUGUAAAUUUUGAGGGAAUCUGACACUCGUGCCCGAGGGUUACAGCAGAAUGCUAACGAGGCCACAGCGACAUUUCCAUCACUAUACAGUCAUUCACACCAUACAUCAGCUCUGCAGCGAACAUCUCCCAGCGACACAUGAAGUCAGAGACAAUUUCAGACGCAACACUUUAUUAGUAUCCCUCCCAUAUCCACUGUGUAAUGAAUGAGGCCAUUUAAACAGGAUUUACGAUAUCUUUAAAACUUGAUUGCUUAGAAUUUGAGAAUUAUUCAUAAGACUAAAGCAUCAUUUGUCAUACAGCGAGUGCUGUUUUGCUGGGAACAAAUGGUUUUGUUGUAGUUUUUCAAAUGAACUCCUUUUCAUUCACUUCUCAAAUAAGCCAUUUGUAUGCAUAUGUGUCCACACAACGCAUGUAAUUAAAGGGAAUGAGGCUCAGGUGACAACUCACAAUCAAGUUUGCUUCAUAAUGCAUUGUGCCACUACAGAGCUAAAGUAACAGAUAUGGAUGCAAAUGACUUAGAAUAUGUACUUGUAUUGUAUAACACUGCGACUUUGGCUGAAACAAAGAGAACAGUGUUUGAAGGCAAGUAUGAAUGGCUUCAUCUUACAAUUCAUGCCAGAUUUGACUUUUCGCCUCCUAAGGAACUUUUUUUCUACUAGUUAGUAAUAAACUGAAGGAAUUUGAUUAUUUCCCCCUGAAUUACAUUUCCUUAUUUCCACCAUGAGAGAGGCAGAGUCUUCCUCGCCUUGUUACAAAGAUUAUUGUGCUCACUUCCUGAGGCAGUGUGACCAUGCUUUGUCUGGGAUGCCCAGAUCAUCUCUCAAUUACACAAGGAUCCUGAGGCAGAGGGUGGGGACCCAAGUGAAGGACCAGUAAUGUCCACACACACACACACACACACACACACACACACACACACACACACACACACACACACACACACACACACACGCUGCUAUAGCUGGGAGGCAUGGCUUACUAUAGCCACGGCCAAGAAUGAGGCCUCUCAGGAUAGAUUUACACACAAAUAAAACCAGUCUUAUCUUGGCCCACAUGUGAACGGGAACUGAUUACACGGUCUACAUUUCAAUGCUCAGAUUAAAUGGAGUCAAUUUCCUAUGGCCUAUUUAAACUAAUUCCAACCUGCAAACACAAUAAAAGGCAAAUCUGAUGUUAUUACACUAAGGCUUCAGAUAAGUUUGACUGUCCACUGAGAAACUGUUUGGGAACACUUCCAGACUGGAGAUGUGUGCAGUGUGUUGAUUUUGUACUUUUGGAACUGCAGAUGGAGUCUGAAUGUUUUUUGAUGACUCAUUAUUCCCUAAAAUAAUGUCCAUGAGGGAAAUGGUUUGAAUCGAGACAAGAACAGAGCAAGGUACUGGGUGUAUCUUGAACACUUUUUUCUCUGGUAUCACUUUUUAUACAUCAGCAGUGGUACAUUGACUUUACCUAACUGCCUCUAGUUAUGAUGUUCACAUAUGUGGCAUUUUCUUACAUUUUACCCUAUAACUGAACUAAGAUCCAUGUUAGACAAUAUUGAAACAAUCGAUGAGCUGCAACUUUAGAGUAUUUCCUUUACUGAUGAAUCUGCUGAUUUAAACUCAAAUUGAUCACAUUUAAUCUGAACCUCUCAAAGGCCUAAAUUACAAGCGGUAAACCAUUGAGUUACCUUUAGAUUAAACUCUUAUUUAUUUAUUUAUUUUAUAAAAAAUAAAAUAUAAUUAAUCCGAAUGAUCAAAGCAGAGAGUAAUAUUUUUAAAGCUACAUUUUAGACUAGAACCAGCUAGAUGUUGUCUGUUUGUUCAUCAUCAAUCUGGAAUUUGUUGAAUGAACUCGUAGCUUAUGAAUUCAGUAAACACUAAAUUGCAUAAAUUCAGUGUCAUACAGGAUAAACAUAAUAUUAUCAAAACAAGAGGGUCGGUUAAUGAAGUAACUGCAAAGUUAGACUGUGUAACUUGAAUAUCCUAAGGUUGUGAGAGUUUGGUUGAAUGCAUAAAUGUCAGUACCCCCAAAAACGAGUUUUUUUCAGCGUUUAUUGAUAUUUUUUAUCGUUGUAGGACUAAAAUUCAGGUCUAGUGAUGAGUCUUAGCUGAAGCACAGCCAGUGUUGCCACAAUUUGAUUACGGAUUACUUCUUUGAAAAGUCACUUUACUGAUUACUUGAUUUUCAAAGUAACUAAGUUAAAUAACAAGUUACUUUGUAAGUUACAUUCAGCCACCUCAACAUAUAAAUGACAACCAUUUUCUUUCCAACCAUAGACUGUGUAUAGAAUGGACGCCGUCUGCUUCCUCGCGGGGUGAAGCCACUCAGAGAACAGCACCCUCUGUUGAUGGGCUGCAGUACAGAUCAUAAAUCCGGCCUCCGCCAGCAAAGCUUAUGGGGCUGUGGACAAACUUUAGAAAUUUAUUACACAGAACAUACAUUUUUCUCCCCCCUGCUUGCGACGUUGACAUGUAGUUACAGUAAGACUGGUUUGUGCUCAAGUCCUCUUUUUUCUGUGAAGCUCCUUUUUUAAAAGUUAUUAGGGGGUUCAUGUUUGCUAUGAUUGACACCGGAUACAGCCUGUGGGCGUUCAGGGAUUGAGUAGCUCUCCCGGGGGAUACGCUGUUUGAGCCGAGCGUCAUCACAGCAACUCUCUGCGACUGUGCGGCCGAAUGCGCACAUCUCUACAGCACAGCGCUGGUUUCAGGAAAUGAAGAAAAAUCCUGGAAAUACAGAGAGCUUUUUGGCUUCAAAUCCGUAUACAGGCGGUAGGCGGAACCAGGUUGUCCAUAGUAUAUACAGUCUAUGUUUCCAACACUCACUUUAUUGGAAGUGUAAUUUUAGCAGAUGUCAAAAAAAAAAUAUAUAUAUAUAUAUAUACACAUUAACCACUGACGUCACUCCCCCCAGACAAAAACAUAUCUCUCUUUUUUUUAAGAAAAGUGAGAAAAAAGUAACGCACAUAGUGACUUGGACAUGUAACCUAAAUCUAAUUACUGGUUUGGAAAUAACAACGCGUUAGAUUACUUAUUACUGGAAAAAGUGGACUUAUUAGAGUAGCGUGUUACUAAGUAACACGUUACUGGCAUCACUGAGCCCAGCUAGCAUUGGCUGCAGAUCUAAAUCUAAAGGUGACACUGGCCUUUACACUACAAUGCUUGACUAUUUUAAUGUAUAUACAGGCACAGAUGACAGACGGUAUCUCCUACCACGGCAGGAUUUGGUAUUAUGUUGAUCCAGAUGGAGGUAAAGUUAAAUGCAUGUUGUGUCAGGUUGCAUCCAACUGGAGCAAUGUGUGGAUGGCACAAGCAGGUUGAUGGCACAAGCAGGAGGAUGUUAACUUAAUGACUUUGUAUGUACUUGGAAAUUUGACAUUGAUUGCAGGCAGGCUUUGUGAUCCUUUUUUGAGCUAUUCUUGUUAAUCUGUACUCUACUGUACUGGGUGAUUUUGUACCUUAAGAGUGGGAAAUCUGUCACCCCCUAAACAUGACCUUAAACUAUAAGUGAUGGUUUUGAGCUUUUACUGGAUGCUAAAGCUAAGUCUAAGAGUAGACGGGGUAAAAAAAAAACCUGGAGACUAUGUAAAUGUGAGCACUUCAGUAAAAUCAAUUUGCAAAGUAUUUUGGUGAAAUGAGGAGGCAGAAUUUUGUGACUCUUCAGUUGAUUUUUUGAGACUUUGAAGGCCACCGUCUCAGAUUUUAUCUGUAAUAACUUAUUUGACAACCACCUAAGGUCAUGUUGAUAGUAGGUAAAUUGUUAAAACAUCCUUCAGUCAUAAUUAGUUUUGAUUAAUUUUGACUUAAUAUCACAAAGGUGAGCUUGAAAACAUUUGAUUGAAUUUGAGGAGUUUUUUUCCAAAGCCACACACUUUAUUAAGCGUAACACCUUUUCAGACUAACUCUGUGUGUGUGUGUGUGUGUGUGUGUGUGUGUGUGUGUUAGGGCUGCAUGCACGCUCGCACAUGCGUGGGUGUGUUUUUAAAAUCCCACACGGUUAUACAGCAAUGCCUCGGCAGAGCUCGUGAUUAGUUGUGGUUUUAUGUUUGGAUGCUUCAUUUAAUGAGGUUAUGUACGAGAUAAAGGCCAGCCAAAAGUAAUCACAAGGAUUAUUUACCCUUGUUAAUUGAGGUUCCAUCUUAACACCACAACUAAAGGUUAAUGUUCUCUUGGUAUAUUAUUUAGUGUCUAUGCUCCAGAGGUCGGCCUGGUGCUGCAUAUAGCAGAGGAGGGGACACUCCACAGGUAUGGGGGAAUAGAGGAUGAUAUGUAGCAGAAUACUGACAGUAAAGUUGAACUUUGGGUAUUUAAUAACCCUGCUCUAACUCUUCUGAAAUACUGUUCAACCUUCAUUUUAAUAAUCUUUCUUUGGUUCAGGUGUGACGUUCAAGUUUCCUGGAGCUUUAGGUGGGUGCAGCCAAUCGCCACCCCUAAUCUCCCCUUUAACUAACCACAGAUAAUUCACCAUGCACAUGUAAAUCACAGAGCGAGCUUUAAAGUGAAUUGAAAGGUAGAUUUGAAGUGACAUUGUGUGAUUAAUUCCACUGCUCUCUAAAUGACCCUUCGUUCUGUCUUCAUAGGAAAGCCUUUCUAAUAGUCUUUCCAAUAGUGAUUAAAAUUACACAAAUGUGAACCUGUAGGUUAAUAAAAAUGGUAAUUUAACUAGUAUCUGAUUUAAUUGACUCUGAAGAAGUACUUAAACGUGUUUGCACUCUGGAAGAUCUACAUGGCUCAGCGGCAAAGAAAUUGGAAUAUCCAGCUGUCAAGAUAAUAAAUUUGACUAUUUCAUCACUCUAAUCUUCAUACAAUCUCCCUUUGUGCAGGUCUCUACCACCUGCCGUUAAUGUCCUAAAUCACCUCCAUGUUUGCAAUUGUUUCAUGUGUUUCAAAGUGAUUGUAAUGUACUCAAAAGAGCCCGAGUGUGGUGAUCAGCCGGUGUUCUUAACCUUUGUAGAUUCAGGAUUUAAAAAGUUUGCCUCAAUCUUCCGAAAAACUUCUGCUGCGCUCAGAUAAUAAAAAGGAACUUUUUCUAUCACUACAGGGUGGAGGGGAUGGCAACUGAGAUUUUUUUUGGGGGGGGGGCUGCAUACAGUUUCCUUUUAAGGGUUUUCAGCUAUUUUAUGUCAUUUUUAUAUGUUCAUAUGGUUUUGAAACAUGAAUAAUAAAUUAUCAACGUUAUUUACUUUUAUAUCUCAGUUUUAAAGGCCGGAAGGGUUUCUGUGUACUUGGUCAGACAGGUGAGAUUGUUGCUGAAAUGAAUUGUUGAAGUUGCAGCGGAUGUUAGUGGUGUGGCCUGUUAUUGCAGAAGUUGUUCUACAUUUUAUGCUUACCUCAUAUUUGUUAGAAAAAUGGACAGGGUUAAAGGAACACCUUUCAAUAUAACACAUUGUAGUAUGCCACAAACACCUGUCUCCAUAUGUCUUUGUUCAUAAGUAUUAAGUACACUAAUCAGCUGUCUGAUCAUAUCAACAAAAACUGAAAACAGAAGGAGCUUUCUGAGAGUAGAGGUGCCGUUUAAGUAAUUAAUGUGUAAAAGUUCACAGGGAGAUCCUUUCUAUGAAACGAGUCCAUGUGACAUUUUGCGUUUUUCCAAGCAUUGCUUCAUUUUUUAUUGAGUAGACUGAAGAUUAUCAUGAAAAUACAUCAACCUUGUUAUAUGACAAUAACUUUUAUGUAGUCGCAUAUGAAGCAAUGAAUGUGUAGGAUGUAAAUCUAUGUUUGGAUGGAGUUUGGAUCAUUCACAUGUGCACUCUUCAGUGAACCCUCAUGAGCUAACAACAACACAGGUACAUGUGGCUUUGGGCUAACUGCUGAAAAAGGACGUAGUGUGUGCUAAUACCUUUGUAUCGAUUUAAUUUAAAAAAUCUAUCCAGCAUUAAGGGUUUGCUGUUUCUAUAUAUUUCUUCGGCUCAGGCCUUCACUGAAAGGGUAGGACAGUGGAUAGAAGAAGAGGGAAAGUUAAAGGAGAGGCCACAGAUUUGAACCAGGGCGGCUGGCUGCUUCAGGGACACAAAGACGCCACGUUUGUUUGAGUAAAAUUAAAACAACAAGCGCUACAUAAUUAUUAAGGAUUUGAACAAAAACAAGAUGCAUGUAGUCAUGUAUUUAAUUUAACAGGACCAUGAUGCUGUGAAAACAUCGAUAAACUCACAACAUCUUUGAAUCUAUUCAAUGAGUGUAAAAGUCUGUAUCUUUUUUUAUCAAAUUUAUAUACUUUACACUACUUAUCAACUCUACAAAAGAGGAUUAAAACAGAACUUUACUGACUUCUUUUGGCGUCUAAAAGUGCACCACAGGCCUCUGUUUGUGGUUCCUACGAGGCUUGGAAACAGGAGGAUUUUUUUCAGGGGUAUAAUUUUUUUCCCUUUUUUUCAUUUCUUAUUUAUAUGAUGCCAAAAAUAUGCUCCCAGGGCUAUCAUUUUUCUGUGGCUGUUUGCAAAAACCGGAGAGCAAAGAGGAUUUAUCUUCCUGACCCAUCACACAAAGACAAUGAGCCGCAGAACAGUGGUGUCCAACAGGGAGGACGGAGGGUGGGGCACCUCCACCCAUCCUCAGGCCUCCUUCUAAAGACAGAAUCAUGUUACAGGUGAGAGAGCCAUUACUCUUGUCUGUAUCAACUCUCCCUGCCUCUCUGAAAAGCCAGUGUAUGUGUGUUGUUUGCAGGGAUUACUGUAUGUCAGUUACAUCUCAGACUUGUUUUGACCAGCUGGGGUUCAGGUUGCUGACAGGACAUGGCAUUAGAUAUCUGCCGUGGCAGUAACGGGACAAAGCAGCAGGACCCUGUCUCCAGUAAAUACUGCUCCAGUCUUAGCCUUUGCAUGUAGACUUAGAAAGAAAAUGGAGCAGCAGAAGUCUUCACUUUUUAGGGAGCCGUUUGCCCCGGGGCCAUGGCUAAUGGUUUACUCACUCCCCGACAGGCCCUUAGGCUCCAGGUAGUCUCACAUUGUCAAGCUGCUCUCAUUAACUCCUAUAAGUCCUGCAGAGAUAAGUGUUAGACAGUCACAUACUGCAGGCCCUAAGUGGAGGAGCUAUUGACUGACAAAAACACUUGUUCAGGCUCAAGUAAGAGCGUUUUUUGUCAAUAGCAGACAACUUUUUCUACAAAAUUGUUAUUCAAACGGACAUGUUGUCAUGUUUUCUGUAUCUUGUAAGGUUCUUGUUUCUAUCAUAGUAUGUAUUUGUGCCUUAAAUCUAGCAGAGGAUGGAGUUCCUGGAUUCUUAACUUUAAAAAAGGCAGCAUCAAAGCUACAAAACCAGUUGCUAAUAAACUUUGUUUCCAUAUAAAUUUAGGAUGAAUUUAAAAUUAAAAUAAAAAAUACAAAAGGUGUGUGUCUUUAUUUAACAGGCUUUGCUGAAAUUAGUAUCUUGAAAAAAAGCUCACUCAUUUAAAUCAGAUAGUUUUAUUUCAGUUGAUGAUGAUGAUGACCAUUUUGCCAUCAUAUUAAACUGAGUUAUUAUAUUCUCAAAUUUAACAGGGAAAUAUUGAUUAUAGCUAAUACAGAAACCCUAAACAUAGACUUGAGAGUCUGGGUUUUCUUACUAAUGGGGGCAAACUAGUAAUCAUCAUAAGUUUUUUUUUUCCAUAUAUAUUUUUUAUUUAUUUAUAAAUUCAGUGUUAUUUACAGAAGAGAUUCAAUGAAUCCUUCCCCACCCACCCACUCCCUUCACAUAGCAACAGGAAGGAUACAAAUUAACAGAAAAAUAAAUAAAUAAAUAAAAAUCUACAUAAACAUCUGCGUGUACAUUAUUUGCACCCAUACACACAUGUAUACAUGCAGGUAAAUCAAAUUUCAUUUCCAAGGUUUUCACAAUUUAAAACUUCAUCAUCUCAGAAAGAGUUCAAUCUGCCUCAUCCUUUGUGCACAAGAGCUAGAAAAUUGUCCCGUACCUCAUUAAAGGCUUCUUUAAAUUAUAGAUUUUUUUUUUUUUUAGUGGAAUAUUAGAUGAGAGCUCAUUCAGCCACAUGUUUAAGCAUGCUGGUGUAACACUUUUCCAUUUAAAGGCAAUACACUGAACUGCAGCUAUCAAGGCCAUCACAAGUAUUUUUAAAAUCAACGAGCGGCCGCCAAAAGUUGGGGGACAAAGAAGAAGACGAUGAAAUUAUUUUUUGUGUGCAGAAUAAUCUGCAUUGAUUCAAUUUUUCUGAAGGUUAAAAAUUGAGAGUUAUCUAUACCUUGACAUUGUCGCAGUUUCAUUAUUCACAUACAUUUAUUUUUCUGAACGCAUAUAUCUCAUGGAUAUGUAGGUUUUAGACACUUACUGAAAGAAAAGUGCCACUAACUUGUGAUAUUAUAACUUCUUCUCGGUGUUCACACUCACCUGUUCUCCUUCUCUCCCUUAAUCUGAAUGAAUUUGGGAACUCCUCUGUUAAAAAAUGUCUGCACUGUAACCACAACAAGCUUAUUCAAAAGAGGUGUCUCAAAUCAAACAGCAAGUUAUGAUCUGAUAAUCCAACAUGUUUUCCUUUUUUCUUAGCUAGUAUAAGAACUGAUUAUUGAACUCCUGUCUUCUUUCUACACCAUGAGUGAGUGUCUCUUCCUCUAAAUUCAACAGUUCUCUGCCCCAGUAAAAAAUGUUCAGGUUACUUUAAAUGAGAGUUCCGUUUCAUGUUUUGUUUGUCUGUUCUGUUGCCGUUGGUUUAAAAUUGUAAGAUCUCAGCUGUAUAAGGUAAUCCUGCACACUUCUGUGCACAAACCAGGAUUUAGCUGCAUUUGGAUCUGACUGAUGACAAUUGAGGGUUUGUUUGCUGUUGUACUGUCAACUAAAUCCAAGCAAGCCGCACCUACACAGUCCUUAUAAAAGAGGAUUAGUUACUUAAUUAAAGGUCGUAUUCUUCAUAAAUGAUUCCAUAGGUUAUAUUUAUUCAAACCAAUUCUGAUUAAAACUCAGUCAUGUGAGUGUCAUUUGUAGAAAAAAUACUGAAAACAUAUCUUUUUUCAGGGAAUCUUAAGAACCCAGGCUUUUCAGAUAAGCAGUUAAAGUGGCAAAGAUCGAUUCAUUAGACAGUCCAGCACAUAACACCUGUAACAUCUUGAUAUUAAUGUCAAGUACACUGCAAUCUUUACAGUUUGAAACUUUUGAAAAUAAUAUUUUCAUUUUUGUAUGGGUCAAAGUGUAGGUUGGAGUCACUCACGUGAACUCAUUGUAGUACAAGUCUCACACACAUUUGCAAAAGGUAAACAACAGCAACUCUCCAGUAAAAUACAUGUUUGACACAGAUCAGCGAGCUUGCUGAGCAUACCAGUCUGUUUAAUUUAUUGCAUGUUUGCGGUAUUAUUCAUUUCAUGGACAUGUUCUUUUUUUCAUGAAUUUCACUUCUUAGUCAAAUUUAAAAUCAACAACAUUUGCACCAUAAUCUCAUGAUGUCCUUAAAAAAAGUAGAAAGUCAAAUAACUUCUGCUGAGAAAGCAGUUAGAGGUAAAGAUAUCAUCAACGUAGCACGCCUGAACUAGAGCUGCUUUCCUUUGCAACCGGUUUGCCCCUCCAACCCAGCUCCUCCUUUUCUGCUCAGUCUGACCUCACCAGUGUCAUAUGUUUUGUCAUUAAUGUCAGCUCUGUUUUGUUUUGGGUUUUUGAUGCUGCUGCUUUCCCUAUCAGGUCACAUGAGCACGUGGAAGGGCAGGGAGCUCUCAGAAUGGAGUCCUAUUGCCAAACAUAACUGUUGUAUGCAAAUAAGACUGUCUGAGACUGUAUUUGUGUUUAUCAUCUCUGCAGUGCACCUAAUCUGACUCCAAGUUACACAGAGUCUUCUUCCCCGCUAAUGAGCAGAUAUACCACUUCUCACAUAAACACUGAAAACAACACUAGAACACUUUUUAAAUGUGGGCAUUUCAAAAGCUGUUUUCAAAAGCAGCCUGUACAGCUUAGAAAUACGAUUGACUCCGUUGUUGUGGCCCUGCUGGUCUGCAUCACUCGACCUAACCUGUGUAGACAUUGUCCAUGUGCAUCUGCAGUGGAUCAAAUUUAGCAGAUUAUUAACACAUUCCAGUCCUUCAGUAUGCGUUGUUCUAUUGCACAUCCUUAUUAAGAGGAAAAUGGUGACUUCCAACUCCUUUUGCAUUUCUGUAUUUUUUUUUUUUUUUUUUUUUUGAAAAUGAACAACAGAAUUGAGAUGUUGAUUUGCACAAAUGUAGUUGUUAUGUGGCUGCAUCCAACUCCUUGACUAAAGCAUAUCCAUCGUUCAGUUAUAGUUUGACUGGUUGAAGGGCACAACACUACACAGCUGUUCGGCUGCGAAAUUGUGGAAUUUCAUAGCAGUCACACCUCCCACCACUGUCUGCCAGUCUCAAAGAUUUUUUAGAGAAAAAUGAUUAUGUUAUAAAAACUUAGAAUUUUAGUAUCUGUACAACACAUUUUUUGCUCUCUUCUCUUCUUCCUUUUCAUCCUGCACUUGUGCUUGUUGAGGUUGAAAAAGAUUAGGGGAAAAUAGUGCAUCAUAAACUGGCUGCAGGCCUCGGGGCAACAGUGUCUGCUCUAAAGCUGGAUAAUCUCAUAUCAGUGUGGCGUGUUCAUUUAGCUUAAAAGAUAGGACCGUUUUAGAAGCACCUCCUUAGGUUAUUAUGAAGCUUUUCAUACUCAAGAUGAUAACUCAGUCUGGCACCUGUGUAAUUUACUAAUGACACAUGAUUUUAGCCUGCACUGACUGUGAGCUGGGAAGGAAUUACAGCACACUGCAGAGUCUCUGCAGAUACGCCAGCCACUGACAUAGAGGCAGAACCUGGUAGGGUUGUGUUUUAACUUCUUUAAUUAGGUGUGUUUACUCUGUAUUUUAUUUGCAGAGAUCACGGGAGAGCCUGGGGAAAGGUAGAUUUAAUUAAGGGACACUGAUGAAAGCACACAGCUCACACAACCUCCAAAGUGUUUCUUCUGAUAUUGCUGCAAAAUAUCCUGAUGACAGGUGGUGCUGGGGAGGAGUUGACACGGCUGCGAAACAGAACGAUUUGGAUUCAUUCUCACCAUGUGUAGGUGGGGAGGUGUUAUAGGUCUGCUGUUAUAUAUCACUGAGCUCAAAUUAACUGCUAAAUAAAAUCCAUUUAAAUACACAAUCUGACUUGUGCAGCAGAGUGGGAUUUAAGGAGAGGAAACAUUGAAAUAAGGAUGUGAUCGCACAUAAAGGAAUACUGAUGGUCGGAGAGAUUGUGGAAAUGUACGAGCAGCUUUGCAAUUAGCGAGUGCAGGCCUGCCACAUUGUCAAAUGCCCUCACGCUCUGUCUCUGCGAUAAUUGUCACAGCCCCUCUCUUUUAUUACAAUCUGUCAUAGAGUCAACCAUAUUCAUUAUGAAUUCUUAUCUGCUUGUGCUUUAACAUUUGCCAGAUGGCACGUCGGUAUCAAACGCUAAUAAUGAUGUAGUAAGGAAAUUAAGACUUUAUCAAAAGCUACUUAAUGUGGGAAAAAAGGGAAAUCUAAAUACACCAACACAUCAGUUGAUCCUUGAUGAUCCCAUCUGUGAAAGUGGAAAAGGUGAAUCAUUCCAUGUUAUAGCUGCAGAAUAUGCAAAUGUGAGAGCAGAGCUGAAAUUAGAUUUGGUUUAGCUUAACUAAUCUCCUUUGGUCACAAUUUAACUGUGAUGUAGAAAUAAAUCCCAAUUAAAAACACAGAUUUAAUCUUUUUUUCUGACAUAAAGUGUAGAAUACAGUGAUUGGAAAUUUAAUGUGUAAUGUGAGAUGCAAGGACAUGGACAGCUACACAAAAUACAAGCAGCUUUUAGACAUUUUAUACACCUGCCAAUUUCCAACAGAGGGAUUUACCUUUGCCAUCAGCGGCAGAUGCACCGGUCUAAUUAAUACAUGCACUGAAUAAGAAAACCUCUGUAUAAACCAUGCAGGUAGAGCAGCAAUAGAAAACACAAGACAACACAGUGACAAAUUUGAUUUUAAAGGCAGCUGAAGAAUUAGGAAACAGAUUGUUUUUCUCAAAAUUGAUUGUAGCCUAUCUGAAUAAAUGGCUUUGAUUUUGCUUUUGAAUGUAGAAAAAAUUAAAACAUUUUUAUCUUCCAAUAGUCAUCACCAUAGACUGAAUAUACUACAGACAGCUUGGCUCAGCCUUUUGACAUUAUAUGAACUUGAAGCAGAAUUUCUCUCGGCAUUUCCGGGAUUUUCUCCACUUCCUGGAACCACCACUUGUGCAGUAGCAUUGUUCGCAUUCAGCAGGAGAGUCGCUGUGAUGACGCUCGGCACAAACAGCGUAUCACCCGGAUGAGCUACGCAAUCUUCGUACGCCCAUAGGCUGUAUAAAGUGUCAAUCAUAGAAAACAAGCUCCAUAGGGAUUGCACAAGGAGGCAGGAUUUAUGACCUAUACUGCAGCCCGUCACCAGAGGGUGCUGUUCUCGCGAUGGGUUCACCCAGCGAGGAGGCAGACUGCAUCCAUUCUAUAUACAGUUUAUGGUCCUCACUAAGGAGGCAGUUAGCUCACAGACUUUACUAGGCACCAAAUUACUAGUUGGUCAAAUUGGUUUUUAAUAUUUUAUUUAAGGACAGCCUGAAUUACUGUUAGCUGUUGUGACUAAGCUGUAGUCCAGCCACCAGCACAAGCAUGUGGAUGUUUACUUUCUGAGGUGACUGAAGCCUGGUGGUGCUAGCUCAGCUAAUGUAAGCCCAGCGACAAAUACAAGCAUAUUCCAGCCAUGACUUCCUCACUGCAUGUUGCGAGACAAAAGAGAAAAAUUGUACACACUUCAGACAAAGCAGCCCACUUUUAAUUUUAACUUUACUGGCGAUCAGGAGAACAAAAUGCAUAUAGCUAUAGUAAGUAAACAAAUAAAAAAAAAGAAGAGUAAACAUAGAUAUUAAAAAUAUGUAUAUAUAGCUAUACAAUCCAUGCAAUCUAUAGAGUCUGUACAUUCAGCAGGACACGAAGGUAGAACGGAGAGAAGUAAACAUGUACAGGGGUAGGUAUAAAGUGCAAAUAUGUAAACAUAGAAUGAAUAUCAUAAAUACUUUGUGCAGUAUAAUGUGCAGGCAGCAGUGUAAGGUGCAAUGGGAUGUCAACAUUUACUGAGUUUUAUUUUACAAUGCGAGUUGGUGUCAUGCAGUGUUCAGUUCCAGUAUGGCACUGGGAUAGAAACUGCUCUUGAAUCUGUUUGUUUGCGAUUGGAUAGACCUGAACUGCCUUUUGCGUUUAUUCCACAUUUCCUUUGGCAACCAAAAAGAGGAAGUACCCUGGCUGUUGUAAAUUCCCUUUGAUAAUUAGCUAUGGAUUCCUUUGUACAUUUCAUCCAUGUUUUCUCCAAAGAACUACAAUCCCAUGAAACCUAGGCAAAAAAUGCUUCCAUAAUGUCCAGACCAACCACAAUCUUCCACAUCAUCCACACCAACUUUCAACCAAUCAUAUAGCGUAACAUCAUCAGUAGGCGCCGGGCCCCGCGCCGAUAUGGCAGCCUGAACACAUCUGGUACCUACAGCAGCAUCUUAGAAGGGGGACCAGCUCCUGCAUAGAUAGAAAAGACUCUAUCUCAGUCACUGAAAACAAAACCAUUUUUAUACUCAGGUGAUUAUACAGUGAUUUAAAUGUGUGUAUCACUAUUUUAUUCAGUUUCUACCAGGUCUGUUCUGUUAAAUGCUGCAAAAUACUACAAACUGCUUCUGUAGAGCAAAAUUAUCAUUCGUCAUCAAGGUAUAAGAUCUCGGUUUGUAGUCAACCUCCUUUCUCUCCUGUUUCCCCUUUCACAAUACAAUAGAGCUUGAGAGUAUAUACAUGUGAACUACAAAAAGGAACCAAUACACCUCUGGAAGCCAAAUUGAGUCUUCACCUCCAGACUCUGCAGAGUCGUCCAAAGAUAAAAAAGCAGCAGACUCUUUUUCUUCCACAUGCCCUUUUUGUGGUUGAGAUACUUCUGUGAUUCAACCAUUACUCUUCUCAAAAAUGCAUGCAAAUCCUGUUGCUAAUAUGUCUUUCCUCUUGAGAAGUAGGCCCAGAACACAGGGAGGGGGGGACUCAGCUAUGCACAAUAAAUAGCUGAGCAAAUGAGGCUCAUGGGAACAAGAGGUACGGUCCUAGAUUUUCCUCCCUCAGUGACAUCUUGAAUAGUUCAGGAGUUAUGUGGAAAACUUGUGGAAGAUAAUGUCUGGUGACAGAGACUUGUUGUCACAUUUUUCACCCACCACUAUCCAGUCCCAUUGCAUUCGAAUCACACCUCCUCAGGCAGAUAACUAUUUCCUCAGGAUUAAUGUCCCGAUUUCUGCAUCCUCCAACACAUCACAGUUAAUGACCUUGAUUUAAAUCACAAGAAGGUAUGUAGGAAGUCAUAUUACUUCCAAACAAGAAAAUAGAUCAGCCUUAGAUUUUGUUCUGUCUGGCCUUAUGCUAUGCAACUUUUACUCAGCAACUAUCAGUGAGAUAGGUGAUCGCCUCUCUCUGGCUUUGAUUGAUUCGGUGCAGGUUCACGAAGCUGGGACACUCGAAUCAUGCAUACUCUCCUUAUUUUUCUACUUUUUUCUUACUUUUAAAGGCAUUUACUUCUUGCAUUUGCAGUUUGAUUGCCAAAGCUUAAAGACUUUGACACACUGAAUAAUCAUGUAAGUUAUGUGGCUUUACCAAAGAGAUAAGCUCAGAGGAUGAAUUAGUUCUACUUUAAAGCUUGCUAACCUGUUUUCAGAAUUUCCAAUAAUUCCCAACAUCACAGCUAAGGAGAGAUGACACAAUCCCAAAAUGACAAAAGUCAAGUAGAAGCAAAGCAAACUGCUCACGGGCCUAUAAAUGACUUUGAGCUCAGAGGGGGGUGAAUCCUGAAAUGUGUGACAUUCUUGUCACACAAACACCUCCCCCUCAAAAUACACCAACAAUCUCUCUCUCUCUCUCUCUCACUCUCUCUCUCUCCCCCCUCUCUCUCUUUCUCUCUGUUUAAUUUCCUCUUUUUCUGUUUCCCUUCAAUUUGUCAGUUAGAUAAAUCUUAAAGUAAGUUACAGUUGUGCAACAUAAGUCAGCUUUUGUGUCUCAUCUGGUGUCCUUAAAAUGAUCUGAGUCACUACAUCCCUGUAGGCUUAGGAGGGUUUGGUUAAUACCAUUAUUUUAAACAUGAACUGUUCAGGAUGCACCUAAAAGAGCCAUUUUAUGACACUGUAAAAAUGCUAUCUUAUGUGCAUUGAAAAUUGAGUGUUUAAAUCAAAUUAUUCCUGGCACCACAUUCUAGCAAAAAGUACAAAGCAAAGUAUAUGUAUAUUAAAUAAUAAUGAAAGACUUGACUAUUAAAAAAUAAAGUUAAAAAAAGUAAACAUUGUCAAUUUGACGGUUUUUAACGCUCUGCCAACACUCGAAAUGAUAUUUUUUGUAUUUUCUAAUUUGUUGACCAUCUUUUUUAAUUUCUUUAUUGAGGCCAAAUUUACCUGCUUAAACUUCAAAGUAAUAUAAGAGAUUAAAGGAGAUAUAAAAAAAUAAAGGAGAUUAUAGUAAACUCAACUAGGGUACAAAUUAGUUUCAUCUUAGCAUGAGUUUGUGUGCCAGCUACUUCAAAAAGAUGUUUUAACCAAAUGGAAUUUUUUCGUGACAGAAACUGAGGCCAAAAGUUGAAGUGCUAAAAGCUGCAAUUUCUAUAAGUGGCCACUUGAGGUUAGCCCUCAAAGCUCAUUAAUCCCUAUUAUAUUCAGUGCCAGGUUUUAACAAUAGAUUUUAAAAACAUAUUCACUGCCUAGCAAAAGAAAAAUUAUGAUAAACAUCAUAAAAAAUAAAAAUCAUAAAAAAACAAAUGUUAAAAAAAAAAGUAAAAAAAAAAACUUUAGGUAUAGUAACGCUUUUGGUAUGAACAGCUAUUUUUUUCAUCAUUAAGAAGUCUGUCAUCCCAAUUUUUGAUAACCAGUCUAUGUUAAAACAACAGAUUAUGCAUAGAUUUACAUUAUUAGGGGCAUGGCUGAGACAGACAGACCAGCAAGUUUCAGCAGCAGGUUAAGGGGUUUAAUUUCAUCCUAGCUUCAUAUUUUAUGGGUACGUAGACUGACCAAAUGUUAAAGUAAGUGUGCUAUUCCAGUAUGGCAACAGCCACCUUUCCUCAUCUGAAACCAACACUGUGCUUAUGUUUGCUGGUUCCAGCACAGCUAACCCUCAAAUCCGCAGAUUGCUCAACUACAGGCAGUCUGUAAUGUCCGUCAUUUACUCAUCUAAAAUAACAGCCUGUUUAAUAAUCACCAGAGACAAAGAAAAUCAGAUCUUGUUUUGAAAUGAUGGAAAUCUGUGCUGUGUGAUUGAACAACAGUGUUUCAGGACGCAGCAGGUUGCAGUGACGCAUGUGUGACGAAGUCAAACGCAUGCCUGCACAGAGCCAAGAGACAACAGCUUUAAUUGAAAUGAGAGCAUUUAUGACAUUUAUGUCCAUGAGACAAAUGACUAAGAGUCAUGAGUCACUUGUGGUGCAGAAAGGCUUCAGCCACAGACCGUGAUCUCAUUGUGAUACAGUAUAAAAUUUACAGCCUGUAGGAGAAUUUGAUCAGAUAUUAUAUAGCUUGGUAAGAUCAGUUAUCAAUCUGUUAUGCUGUUUUAGCAGACUAAUUAUGCCUAAUAAUGUGGAUUACAUAUAUAGAUACACAGAGGGGGGUUUUCUACAAUGUGGUCCUAGCUGUGAACAAAGAGCAACAUCUGGAUUUGAUCUCAGAGGGCCUGAGGAGUCUGACUAAUCACCAGAGAAACCCAAGUAAACUAUUGCAGAUGUGAAGUAAUUGCAAGGAUUGGCUCUUCGGAUAACUUCAUUGAAAUUGAGAGAGCUCACCCUGUCAAAAUAAGAGCUGAUAGCCAAUUGACCACUCUCAUUUCCCUGCCUCUUCUCAAAGCGACCUGACCUGGCACACUCUCCAAAGAUAUAUGCUAUUGGAAACGCAUCAAAUAGCAUAUGUUUAAGUGCAAAGUUAUAUUUCCAUUUUGUGAUUUAAUUUAAAACACAUGAAAUCUAGGCCUGUUUUAAUAAGCAAAGGGUACUUGCUGACAUGUAUGCAGUAGAUGUUGAAAGACAAACUCAAACAGACAAAAGAGCUUUGACUUUGAAAUGCAAGCUGCAGUUUCCUCAUUAAUAGUGUAAAAUAGGUUUCUCUCUAGAGAAGUGACAGAAAUGGUGUAAUGCUGGGCUUCAUGGGUAGAUCUGCUUGCUAAUUGGCUCUUUAAAAGAAGGUUAAGGCAUUUUAAAGGCCUCAAAUUGGUCUUUUCUCCUUCAGAGCAAGUUUUGAGUGCCAAAAAUAAUUAGGGCGGUGCUGAUUGUUAUGGACCUCAUAUCACACUAAGGCAAAACAGACAGCAGGGAGGAUGCCAAGGGAAGCUUUAUGAGUCUCAUUUGAGGUAAGCUGAACUGAUGUUCAUUACAAACGGUGAGAGUUGUGUGAGAGAUAGUCAGCAAUACAAAUUACAUAACUUUUUAUGGCGUUUUUAACAACCACUCUCAGUUUGUAGCCUAUAGUCAUUAUUAGUGGAAUCUAAUUUCUGUAUGGAAACAUUUUUAUUUUAUGUACACUGAUUUCUCAAGCUAACAAUGGCCCUGAGUCUAUAAUCAAGACUGUCCCCACUGAAGAGACACUUCUUAAUGUAUUUGUUCUUGUAAAGCGAAAUUAGACUUGAUGUGGCUGUUGUUGUACUUUUUGACCAGUGUUAGCUGUGUAGCAGCACUGUCAACGAAGCACUCAGACUUUACCUUAUCAGUUUUUGUGGUAAACAAAUUAAUGUAAGUGUCAGGAAUAAUAGAGUGACAUAAGGUGAAUUUUUGAUCUAGUUGGAGGCAAAUGUUAACAUUCAUCAUUUGUCACUCUUUAGUUCUUGUUUGGAAGAGGCAAACUAACUGGGUGGACACACAUACAGUUAGCAGUCUUCAACCGCCCAAGUAUUGUAUACUGCCUAAUGUGAUCAUUCAUAGUCAAGAAAAAUAGAAAUGUGUGCAACACUUCAAACAUCCUACAGUCAUCACCACAUGCACUAGUCAGUUGGAGUAACUUUCAUUAUAGCUACAGUCUUAAUGCUGUAAUGCCCCACAACCUGUAUUUAAAUAGGUAUAGAUUGCAUCUUGUAGCACAGUUUGAUCAUGUUUUGAUCAAGAAAACAGAGAUAAAGUUGUGCAUCUACCAGAGCAAUGUGUGACAAGCACAAGUAUGUAGAUGUUAAGAAGCAAGGAAAACCAGGGGUAGGCUAUGCUACUCCUGGCGGAGGGUGGCGGACCCCGCCAUGUAUUUUCAUCUGGCGGAGCCCAGCAUAUAGCCAGUUUGGUAUUUUCGUGGACUGAGGUGCACGGAGGCGAACCAAGAUCUGCCAAGCUGGGCGUGGUGGCGUGGCAGGGGGAGGUGUCGACAGAAUCAGCGGGCAUAGUGAUAUUUUCAUGCUCACCACCGGCGUAUAAAGUGCGCUGAAAACUUGCCGAUUCAAACCUGGUCAGCUUUCAGCGCAGGCGGAGCGCAGCUGGUCUAGUGGUAUUUUGGUAGACCGUCGGCGUAUUAGCAUACGUCACCGAUGCCUCACCAACAGGUUUCCACAGUGUCAGGCACAUUUCAGUGCAAUAAAUAAUCAUCAACAACUAAUAUUCUGAGUCAGCACAUAUAUUUAGAUCUAUAUAGAUAUAUUCUGAUCUGAUGAGCGCGUUUGGCACGUGUUUGGACAUACAACCUGACCGAAUCAACACAGCUGAAACCGCAUUAAAUUAAAUCAAAUAUCUAGUAAAUACACACACGAUGAAGUUAACAAGAUAUGUAAUUCGUCUCCCUCCUUUUCUUUCUUCCUCUUCCCCUUAUUUCUCGUGCAGCUCGACCUGGACACGUCUCCGUGUCCUCUCUCCGUCCUGCUGGCUGAACAGAUGAUUUGUUUCAGUGCUCAGAUGAGUUAUUUACUUUAAGCCUACGUACGGAUAUUACAAUAUUCAGUUUUGUGGGCCAGAUUUAUUUUAUAUGCCAACAUCUAUGAAAGAAAGAGCCAGGCCACGGAGCGCGAUGCGUCCUUUACGCACAGAUGGUUCCAAUUUUAAUGCCAUUUUUGGAGUUUAUGUUGUGAUCUGUGCGCACAACCCACCUUUGUCACGUGAGGUUUGAAUAUAUGCAACUUUAUGUGAGUGUCUUUAUCUGCAGCGUUUACAGCGACACUUGUUGACACUGUCUUCAGACAUCUCUUGAUCUCUUUGACUACUUCACGAAAAUUGUAAUACGCCUCGCCUGUGGCGGAUUUAAAGGCAAGGAGAGGAGCUUAUGUGAUUGGUGAAAACAGGUCUUGGCUGUGUUAAACCCACUCCACGCCCUCUCUCCUCCCUCGCUACGACUUACGCCGCUGGGAGGAGCUGAGUUAAGGAGGGGAGAUACUUACGCCGGGCUGCGCCGCUCACCAAAAUACCAAAUUGAGGAGAGGAACUCAUGUUGCAACACUAACCUCCAAACAGCAGUUUCAGGUGUUAAAAAUUACAAUAGAGAUAAUACAAGCCUUGUUGCUGAUGGUCUUGUUUGCUUUAGAAGGUCACAACGAGGCAUCAGUGUCAGUUUCAGCAUGCGUCUCAAUCAGUCCAAACUCCCCAGAGGGACUUUUAGCAUACUUUUAUUGUAGAUGUUCACUAGCAUGGCUUAAGUGUUUCCACGAGUUUGCAGAUCAGAAACUGCUGUGGACCAUGGUUUUGUUUUAAAGGACAAUAAAAACAGCUUAUUUUUUGGUUUACUAUAAUGACUUUUAAUGUUCUGGAUUUUCUGCCACAAUCUUACUAUUUAGAUUAAUUUUGUAAGAUGCUUUAGGAAAAUGGUCAUUGUUAUGUACAAACACCUACAAAGCAACAGUCCCAUGGUUAUCACAGUUUAUGGAAAAUCAUUUUCAAUGGAUUUUUUAAUAUCUUUUAUUUUGCUACUAAGAGGUCCAUCAUUAUCCAAUAGCCUCUUAUUCCCAUGCAAAAUUUUACAUCAGGUUUAGCAGAGCUUUUUACACACAAAAAGCUUCUUUCUGCCUUUGGAAACAAGUAUGACCAAAGCAACAGACUCCCUGCAGUAAGUUACACACAGCAACACAGGCUACACACCUUGUAACUUACUGCUCGUUAGGCUAACUUUACACAAUGUUUACACAUUAUAUUCAUAGCACCAUUUCCAAGAAAAUAAUAAAAUUCUCAGUCCAGCACAUGUAACAGCAACACAUCCUGCUCUUAAGGAACAGAGUCACUUACUCAUCUAGCAGUAUUAAGGCAACACUGGUAUCGGACCUCAGUCCAAUCUCCUCCUUCAGGGCCCUCCAUCGAGGAAAAGCGUCGCCGAUGUAAAUCCGUGUUAGUCCUUUCCGUUUGUCACUCUCUUUCUUUGCCCACAGACCUUCUCCCGAACGAGAAGGCUUUUUCUUUUUAGUAGGAAUCACUUAUGAACCUCACUUCUUCCGGUCGUCCACCAUGUUGCUUCUAGCAGCGCUCUCCUCCCCCCUCCCUUCUCAUUGUCAGGUAAAACCGAGUGAAAUGUGUCAUUUCAUGUGCGCCAGUGCAGGCAUGUUGCCCCUCUACACCAAAUUCAAAAAGAACAAAUACUGAAAAAUAGCGCACGUUGUUAAAGGAGCCGAACAGCUUAAUCAGCGUUGUAUCAUCUUCUCUUGUAGUGGCUACUACAAGAGGAGACUACUAAGGAUACUACAAGGGUAACAUUUAUUUUUAAUUUUUUUAAUGAAGAGAUGGAUGAAUUGACAUAAAAAGGAGUUUCAGACAUAACUAAUGUUAUUUCUUCCUCCUCCAUCGCUGAUAAAGAGACCUCCUUUGCUUUAAACAGUUGCUGGUGCCAUCCAUAUUCUUUGGCAGUGAAGAUGAAAUGUUAAUUGCCAUAUAUUCCUCUAGUGCAGCUGUUCAGGGACCUCCACAUUGUAUGGGUCCAUAGCUCUGACAUGAAUCCAUGGCGAGCAGUCGGAUGUCCUCGUAGCCCCAUUCUCCCUGCUAGCAGAGCAUGUCCCAACUGUUGUCAAUUUAUCAAUGUAGCGUGCACUAGUGGGCACAGUUUGAGCCACCAUUAGGACAGGUGCCUCCAUCCAUCAUGGCCAAGUCACUUAUUCCACCUUGUCAGGGGAAACUAAAUGGAGCUUUUGAAGAAAUGUAAACAACUCUCAGUGGACAAUCAGAGGAGCUAUCUCAACACUCCGACUCAAGAACUGAGUGCAGAGACAGUUCAGCCCAACAUUAACACGUCCAGGGACCCCUUUGCUCACACUAAGGUAAUCCAUAUGUCCUUUGAUUCCACAUACACAUACAUGAAGAGUAUGAGCGGUCUGAUGUCAUUGCUGCAGUUUGAAUGCUGCUUUAUUACAGUAGGUGUAAUUAUGCAGUUGUCCCAAUUACAAAUAUAAUUUCUUUAAUGCAGGAUCAUUGCAUUUCUAACAAUAAAGCAACAAACCUGGGCAGUUUCCUUUUGUUUUAUCUAAAAUCUAGUCAAUAAUGAAAGAAUUUAGCCUUUAGAAUUUAAUAGUGUGGAUUAAUAAUAAAACAAUAACAAUAUAUUAGAUGCAUGUAUUCUCUGUACAAGGGAAUGAACUAAUCUAAUUCAUGUUUGGGAAUGUUUUUAGCUGAAGCUUGUUUAGGAGAGUUUAAUCUUGACAAUUAUAAUCUUAUGAGGAGAGCUCUCAGCCCAAGGCUGCUCUCCAUUCAUUUUCAUUAUACUGCUGCACAAUACAGCCAGAGGUGAAGUGAACUGGGUUUUAAUUAAAAGACAAAAAAGAAAUUAGAAGUUGGGGGAGGCACGAAGCUGUUAAUCAAUCCCCACCAAUCAGUUAGGAUGUUGAUUUCACAACACAGCCUGAACUGUGUCAACAGAGUAAAGUGAAUAGAGAGCGAACAGAUUGAUAACUGUUUUUAUCAGUGUUACCUAAAUCAACAUUUGCAGUCCCGAUGAAAGAUUUUGUCUACCAAAUGAUAAUUAAUUCACGGUUUCUACAACACCACUUUAGCCCAACAUACCAUAUACCACACCUUUUUUCCUGCUCCAUUUUUCUUUUCUUUUUCUUUAUUUGCUAAACUUGAAACACAGAGCACAUUGUGAAUGCUAACAGAAAGUCAAACAGAGCCACAGAAGUAAUCACUUGUAAUAGGACGCUUUGAGGUCAAUGAAUUUGUCAAACCUCAUGAAGAGCAUUGUUCUUGAUUAGCUCAGGAGCUUUUGUGGGGUCAGUCAGAGCUGUUAAGACACAUCAUACAUGUUAAAUCAUUUUGGUGAACCCAAUUAAUAUUACUCUAACAAAAUGAUAUUUAUUUUGAUACGUGAACAAAAAAAAUUAUCUAAUCAUCCUGCUUUUUGAAACACUUUUGUUUGGUUAAAGAAAGACUCUGAAUAACUCAAAUCCAAUAAGAGCAGAGAGACGAAGAAAAAAAAUCACACUUAUAAUCCAGACGUGUUUCACGUUAUUCUGAUAUAUUGUUAUGAAGUGAAUCCAAUUGGACAUGAAAUAAUUAUAUCUAUUCUAUUCAAACAAAAUGUUGUAAACCUUUGGCCAUGCUAAUCACAUCUUCUUUUAUUCCUAAAGAAGAAUCUAGUUGGCUGUUUCUUUCCUUUCAUAUUUUAUAUGCUUAUUAUCUAAUUUUCUUUUGAAGGCCGUGAUUAUCCUCGGUCUGAAAAUGAACAAUAAUUGCUGCCCUACUGCUUACAAAGUCUGCAGAACAGAAGAAUAAGAGAAGUCUUUUCAAUGGUCAAUCAACAAAGAGGCACAUUAAUCAUUAUAUUACAUUAGGAUUUCUUGUUUUGUGCAUGAAAUACGGUUCUGGGAGAAUUAAAAUGUCUCUUACCCUCACAAUUAUGCAUGAGAUUUGUACGCUUACUGUGAAACACAAUAUGAACAACAAGGAUAAAAUAGAAUUUACAAGGAGAGGACUGCUUUGAUCACAUACUGUAUGCCUUAAGGAGUCUUGCCUGAGACUCUUUGAUGUGAAUCAGUGCAUGAAAGACAGGUCCAAUUGGCCCGGAGUAACCCUCAAAUUUGCACUCUUUAAUCAUGUGUUCCGUGUCAGGUGUAUAAAAAAAUGCUCCCUCGUGGUUUAACAUUUUUUACCAUUAUUACAUGAAGCACAUUUCCUGACAGAGGCGUGCACAACAGUGUUCUUCUACCCUUACCUAUGGUUAAAAAUAUCACACAAAACACUGCUGCUCGCUGUGAGAGACAUUACAGAGGACAGAGACAGCAUGGGAGGAAAAGCCCAAACAGUUGUUGUGUUAAUACCUUCAUAAACACUGGGAUUGCAGCACCUAAUUACCAUCAGAUGGCUGGAACUGAAAGGUCACUCAUUGCCUUUUUUUAGCCACGCUACCAACCAACACAUCUCCAGGGAUUUAUUUGUGGUCUGUCCAUCCCCCAGUCCAACAUUUUGGAUGAGUUAAAUGUCUCGCAAUCAAGUUUAUCUACACACCAUCUCAAAUUCACUGUCAGCUUUUAUCAUGACAGGAUUCUGUGAAAAUUUUAAGAAGAUAUCGCUGUCACUAUCUAUCAUUAUAAAGCGCCUGGUUUCUCAAUAAUUCAAACACAAAGUUUAAAUUCAGACAGCCUGAGUCGUCCAAAGGUAACAGUCAAAGUUUAGCACCAAACAGCUGAACUUGGGAUCACUGAGUCUGUGAGUGAAUAGUCUGAGAUAGCAAGUAGCAUUUGCUAUCAAGAUAGAAAGAACAUUAUCUGAAAAGAGGAAGGAUUGAAUGGCCAAAUUUAAGGUCUAUGCACUCAUGACUUCCUGAAACCACUAUAUUUUACAGGAAAAUGAGACUUUUGCAGAUCAUAGCACACUUUGGCAGUCUCUGUUAACACAAAUGAGACAUUCUUGCUUUAAUCAGAUUUUUUUUUUUUUUUUUUUUUUUGUAGUUCUGAAGAACAGAUGCCAGAAAUAAAAGUGUUUUAGUUUUGUAUUUCAGCGUGCAAGAGAAACAGUCAGCUUGCUAUCAUAUUACUUUUGGCUUUGCAGAUUUCUUCCAUCCUUAUUUGACCUUACAGUCAGUGAGGUGUGAGACCUUUUUUUUUUUUUUUUCUCUGGGUUCUUCUGUCAUGUUCCCCAUACUUUGCUAUUGUCACCUGCCACUGGUGACGCCUUGUAAAUGAAGUGGAAGAUGCUCAACUAAAAGUAAAAAUUUUUUUUAUGACCUAGAAAAUAAGAUACUGAUCUCUCUUCAAAAGACAGAAACGCUACAGAUAGAGCAAUAUGUUUUUGGAUUUUUAUUCCUUCCUUGUAUUUUUUAGAAUAUUUUUAGCUUUUUGUUAAAAAAUGUACAUCUGGUGGCUUAAUCUUGACCUAGCAAAUGCAAAUUGUUAUCUGUCCACGGGCCAAAUUCAAUUGUUCCCGCUGUAUAGACAUUCCUGUGUGAUUUAAUGGGCUCUUCUUAUUUCUAUAUGGAGAUAGAAUUGGAAGACAAAUAGGAUUUAAGGAAACAUAUUACCUCUUGUCCCUCUCUGAAUACAAAGGGCAGACCUUAGUGCUAUCACAAAGAAAACAGCUUAGCAGCAGAGCAUUUGUUUUCCAUUCAGAGAGAGAAGCACUUUGUCUUUCCAAUCGUUACCUGUCUGAGAAUCAGUUGCUCCAUUAAGGACAGCCUAAAGAGGGAGGUGCUGUCUCGGGCUAAAUUGCAAUUAGUCGGCCUGCGAGUGAGGCUGGCACCAGUUAACUCGGGAUAUUGGAGUGCAAGGGCCCCGUAAUCAGGCUUUGGUCAUGUAGAACAAUGCAUAAAAUUAAAUUGACAUUAAUGAAUAAUUGUGUAAUGAAAAUGGAGGAGUAGAGUUAAUUGCAUGUUACAGUGAGUGUAAUGCCCAGAUAACCUUGUGUCUAAUGCUAUUCUUAGUCUGACUGCCAAGGCUCUCACCGUGGCUCCUCUCGGCGGGAAGUCAUUAAAGCCAGAGAGUAGAUAAUGCCAGAGUGCCGAAACCCAAAGUACCUACAAUCUUGCAAAGACUUUCUUUCACUGGCUUUUUUUUUUUUCUUAGUGGGCUAUGCUGAAGUCAUUUGUACACAGUCUGAAUGAAAUUAAAGGUCAGCAGAGCUACGCAUCUAUGUCUGGAUGGGCUUUUCUAGUGGGGCCCAAUCACCUAUAAGAGAGAUGUCACACGGUAGAAUUAGCAUUUUAAGAUGAGGUAUUCGCCACACACGAGGAGAGUUUGAUUGACAGCUGCUCUAAUUCAUAAAUGAACACCUUCAUUUAAAAACCAUUUCAACAAUUAGGUACUUUGUGCAGAAUUUUAGUUAGAAUUGCUCUUACAUUAUCAGACUUACAGACUUCCUCAAAAUGUCAUUGACUGCUCUUGACAGACACAUAAUUAGACAUACUAUAAUAUAUGAUAGGCCAUACCAGUGGUUUCCAACUCAGGGGCUGAGCCUUCUAGGACAUUUUAAAAUGUGGUGAGGUUAUAAAUGGAAUAGGUAAGCGGAGCAAAAAUAUACUAAUUUACUACCCUUUGCCAAAUUCACUGUUUAGAUGUUUCCUGGUAUUUGCAUUUAAUUUGUAAGGAGUGAUUUAUUCCUUCCUAAUUUUGUAAUGAGCAUCUCAGUCAGGAAGGUAUCAGAAAGACCUGCAAAACAAUGUUAAAUAUAGAGUAUAAAGACAGGUAGGCUCAACUCCAAUUGAAGUGCAUGAAGAAGAGAUUGGUGUUAAACAGCAAGUUAAAAAUAUCAAGAGACUGAGCAAAUCUCAUACGAGUAGACAGAGUGUUCCAUAGCUUAGUAGCAGCCACCGAAAGCUUAUCUCAAGACAGAAGAAAUAAAGACGUAUCAGUAUAAAAAUGACACUUUUUUUAAUAAUUAAAAACAUUUCUAAUGGUACAUUUAAUGUUAAGACUUUAUUCUUUACAUGAAAUAACCCAAACACCUAAACAUACUACGGAACUGUAGUCUGAGUCCUAGCAGUUGCAGCGUCCUGCAGGGAAAAUCAGUGGAAAGAACAGCAAUGUAUCAAUUUAGCAGCCGCUGAUUUACCGUAGUCUCACCUCAUUAGGUAUAAAUGCAUCACUUACUGUACAUUAUCACACUAAUGUGCAAUAACUAAAGCUAAGGAUGCAACAUUGUUGUAAUUUACUUUAUCAUUUAGGUAAUUAUUUAACAGUUUGUUUAUUGCUUUGUGUUGCAAAUGUACUAAUGAUUUAAAGUUAUCCAGUCCUUUAAUAUGUGGACCCUAAGAUGCAUGGGAAUGAGAAAUAUAGUGAGGUGAAGGGUAUGUUUUAAGACAGAGGUACUUCAUGUAACACCUAAAUACUUGUUAGUAUAGAGUGGCAGCGUGGACACUGACAUUAUUAUAAGUACUUAAUAACUAUCAAUCCAUGUUGUUUCUUAAAAUUAGGGUUGUUUUCAGAGCUGACGGUUUGAGUCAUCAACCAAGAAGAUACAGGAACCCCUCACUACUUGUCAAGCUACUGUGUUUUGUUACUUGUCUUUGUGCUCAAAGCCCUGCCAAACAUUACACCAUUCCAUACAUCACCAUAUGAUUUGAUACGAUAGAUUACGAUAGGCACAAUACAGCGUGACUUGAUAGGACAGAAUACGACAUGAUACGACAUAAUACAGUACAAUACAAUACAACACAACCGGUGUUGCCACAGUUACUUUUGGUUUACUUUCCUUUAAAAGUAACUCAGUUAUUUUACUGAUUACUGGAUUUUCAAAGUAACGAAGUUAAAUCCCAAGUUACUUUUUAAGUUACAUUCAGCAGCCUCAACAUAUAAAUAACAACCAUUUUCUUUCCAACAUUUACUUUAUUCGAAGUGUAAUUUUAACAGGAAUGCCAAAAAAUACAUUUAUAAUAAUAAAAAUGAUAAUAAUAAUAGUCUUGCUUGACUGACAAGACAUAUAUAUCUUAUAUAACAUAUAAAACAAAUACAGUAUUUAAAAUAGUGGCUGUAUUUUCAGCUUGAGAACGUGCAUCACUCUCCUCCCUGUUUUGUUGCUUAUGUUCAUUUUGCUGCGGCUGCUUCAUGUGAGUGCACAUGUAUUACACGUGAGUGGUCCUCAUGCUGAAAACGUGACUUGUCGCCUACGUGAGUAAAGUUACUUCCCCCAGACAAAAAAAAUCUAUCUUUUUUUUAAAGAAAAUGGAAAAAAAAGUAGCACACGCAGUGACUUUGACAUGUAACUUAAAGCUGUUUACUGGUUUGGAAAUAGCAACACAUUAGAUUACUCGUUACUGAAAAAAGUGGAUUUGUUCGAGUAGCGUGCUUGAGUGACGCAUUACUGGGAUCACUGAACACCACACGUUUUACUACAUAAUAUAACACAGUGCUACGUCAUACAAAAUGAUGUAGUAUAUAAUACGUUAUAUAUGGGACAAAACACAAUAUGAUACAUUAUGGCACACCAUGAAACAAUUUGACAGAGAUACAUUCAGAGAGGAUUUACACUUGUAAUGCCAUAACUGACACAGUCUUUCCAUCUACACAUGCACACCGAAGGUACAGCUUUGGUAACAAAUUAAGAAUCAGUGUCCUGCUGUAACAAACUUGUGUCUGAGUUUUCAACCCUCUUUAUUGUCCAGAUGACAAAUUCACUAACACUGUGGGUCAAAAGAAAAAGACAGGCAAAGGAGACAUUAUUCUAAAAAAGUUUUCUUCCUCCCCUCAGAUAAAGUUUCACCAAGCAUGACGUCACAGUGUAAAAUCUCAUUUCACCAGGCUCUUCUGAGCCCCAAUCUACUCUAGACUGCUGGCUUUUUAGACUUAUAUAGAUGUGUCAAUCUUCUUUUUUCAUGGUGUCGUGUUUCUCCAGAAUGGAUUUGUCUCCAUGUUAGGAGAGAUCAGAAACUGCUGUUGAAUUACAGAGAUUAACCUGCAUGUUGAUGCAUGAUGUACUAUAACAUGAUGUAAUGCUUUCUAUCUUAUCGUAGGCACUUAGAGAACAACAUCAGGCCCCAUUAGGCCCCUUGUGUGUGUGUGUGUGUGUGUGUGUGUGUGUGUGUGUGUGUGUGUGUGUGUGUGUGUGUGUGUGUGUGUGUGUGUGUGUGUUUAGUUUCAUUAAAGAUGGUGGUGAUGAGGCUGUUUCUUUGAACAAGCCCUAUCUUGUACAGUUUUACAGCUGCCUUGUUUCUAUGGUGAAAGAAGCAGGAUGUCACAGUGGAGAAAGCAGACCAAUUAAUCUACAGCACCCCCUCCUACACACAUUCUUCACUAUCAUCCACUAACCAGGAGUCUCCUAAACUGGAAUCCCCGGGGGCUCCAGUAAGUUUCUGAACCACUUCCUCAGAGGAGGGGCUUGGUGUGGCAUUUGGCGAAGUUUGAUUGUUGUCACCUGUUCAAUCUGACUAACACUUGUUAGGAGUUUAAAUUAUUUUCCCUGAACAUUAUCAGUGUCUCUACAGCACAUUUGGUCUUGUUUGACAGCAUAAUCAAUAUAAUCAAGUCAGCCCUACAACAAACAUCUAAAUACCCAAAUAAGUUAUUUCAGUAAUCGUAUUUGCCUGGGACAGUUCGUUUGAUUAGAUGCAAGUUAUUUUUUCUUCUCUUUGGAGACAUUUUGGUGCUUCUUUGUUUUUUGGCUACAGCUACUUACUAGCUGAAUUAACUGGCUCUUCUCCUUUUAACUAUAGUUUUAGCAGGUAAAGCCUAAAUCACACCAUUGAAACAUCAAGUUUGGGUGAAUUUGUUGGGAAGUGCCAGGUCUACAGUGUAUGCAGUAUAAACAGACAGAAUGGCAAAGCUAAAGAGUGAUGAUAAAGUUGGUGCAAUGAGAUGAAUCUCUGGGACAGAUGUUUGUAGAGCUUCACCUUUUGAUGCGUCAUUUCAGGACCAAAGGUCGUUACACAACGGCGAAUUAGCGAGGCGAAUUUGCGAAGCAAAUCAUUCGCUUUAAAAAAUAAAAAAAACUCUUAAAGUCAAUGCAAGCUUCCACACCAGCUACUAACUUCCGCAGUGCUAAAAUGCGACUGUAAUUUUGUAGCGAAUUUUGCGAACGUUGGCAGGCCAACUGCUGUAUAAAUCUGUAGCCUAAUCAAGGGCGUAGGUUUGCAUAGGGAUAGUAGGGACAUAACACUACCAACUUUUCAGGGUGCUCAAAUUGUCCCCACCAACUUUUAAGUAACCUUAUUUGCAUUUUAUGAGUUCAGUUAUAUAGGUAAUUUAGAUUGUCUUCCCGUACUUUGUAAGGAUAGAAUCGACCCUACCAUUAUUAAGUGAAUUAUUUUCAUUAUGUUCUGACUUACCCCUUUUCACUUGUUGAAUGUGCCGGUCCAUUUUUUUCCCUCAAACGCAUGUUUGAUUGGCUGAUGACUAGACGCCCCAUGCAGCCUAUGCAGACAUUUUUUUCAGAUCAUCAUACAUUAAUCAUAAUAGAGGUAGAAAGUUCAUUCAAUCUUGAUUUAGAUUUUUACCAUAAUCGCCCAAACACUGAUGCAGUUUAGAGAUGAAAAUAACAGAGAAGAAGGUAAAAGAGAUAACCAAUUAAAGCAAUGUGUUGCUCUUGUGGUACACGAAGGACAAAAGCUGUAAAUUUUGACUGUAAAUUGUUGUAAAUUAUGUCCCGUCCCCAGCAAAAAAUGUACAUACAGGUUAUGCUGUUAUAUCGUCCCUACCAAUGUUGAGACCAAACCUACGCCCUUGAGCCUAAUUUAAAUCUUACCUCAGAUAUGUGGCAAGCUGUUGCUCUGGAUCAAUCGGCUCUCUGUAAUUUGUCCUCUCCUUCUGCAAACUUGGAGUCAGCUGAUGGAGCAGUUCUUAAAAUUAUCCAAGGGACUUUAUGAAGCUUGUUGGAAUUUCUUGGGAUACAAUUUAAGCCCCUGGAUUGUUGUGUGGAGCUCCUCCAUUUCCCGUUGCAAGUUCAGUAUUGGAAGUACCCAGACACUUUGAUUCUUUUUUUUAUUUUUUUUAUUUACAUCCAUGACCAGGUCAUCAUCACUUGAGGAUGUAGCUGCCAUUGUUUCUCCUUCUUCUCUCUCCCACUCUGUUCUUCGGUGGCGUAUUUUUAUGCAAAUAUGUGAAUUUUAUUUGUGUCGCACCAGAUGUAUAUAGGAAAAGGCGUAAGCUGAAUGUUUCGCAUUUUUGCGUCGCUUCGCUAAUUCGCCAGUGUGUAACGACCUUAAUAGUAGACACCGCUCUGCAACCUGCUGUGUUCCUACUGUUAGAAUAAACAUAUGGCCAGUGUAUUCCUCUUGGUGUCAUCCAGCCCAGUCCCUCUUUCAACUUCACCUCACUGGUUGUUGCAAAUGUUCAGGCACCACUGUGUAGUCUGCCAUGGGGUGAAUUCGUGGCUCUCUGGUGGCCUAAUCUGGCACAGUCACCAUUGUGAUAGACAAAUAGGCCAAGCAGUCUGAACGUGGCAUAAGUCAUAAUCUAGUUUCACAACUUUUAAUUAUUAGGGGUUGACUGAUAUUUUUAUUUAUUUAUUUUUUUCUGGGCUAAUACCAUAGACUGUAUAUACUAUGGACAACCUGGUUCCGCCUUCCGCCUGUAUAUGGAUUUGAAGCCAAAAAGCUCUCGGUAAUUCCGGGUUUUUCUCCACUUCCUUGAAACCAGAGCUGCGCAGUAGCGAUUCGCGCAUUCGGCCGCGCAGUCGCCGAGAGUCGCUGUGAUGAUGCUCGGCUCAAACAGCGUAUCCCCCCGGGUGAGCUACGCAAUCCCUGAACGCCCAUAGGCUGUACCAGGUGUCAAUCAUAGAAAACAUGAACCCCCUAAUAACUUUUAAAAACGGAGCUUCACAGAAAAAAGAGGACUUGAACACAAACCAGUCUUACAAUAACUACAUGUCAACAUCACAAGCAGGGGGAGAAAAAUGUAUGUUCUUUGUAAUAAAUUUCUUAAGUGUUGCUGGCGGAGGCGGGAUUUAUGACCUGUACUGCAGCCCACCAUCAGAGGGUGCUGUUCUCGGAGUGGCCUCACCCAGCGAGGAGGCAGACGCUGUCCAUUCUUUAUACAGUCUAUGGCUAAUACCCAGAUACUGGUUAAUUAGUACCUCAUGAGACCAAAAAUCAAUAUUUGGAACCAAUUUGGGUUGACAGUUAUAAAAGUUUUUUUUUUUUUUCAUUUCAGAAUUUGGAAUAUUAAAAACUGUAAUGGAAACCUUUGCUUAAAUACCUUUAGCAAAUGUGUUGUCACAACUGAAAUAUUUGACAUCAUAUUCAUGAGUUACAAUUUCACUUACAAUAAAGUCCAGCCAAUUGUACAAUCUACCAGCCAGCUGUAAAUUAAAAUGCAGAUGGAGAUUAUCAGUCAGAUAUUGGUUUUGAUGAUCAACCAAGGCUGAUAAUCAGUGCUUGAUUGAUUAUCUACCAUCCCCUACUGUCACCCCUAUUAUGUGUAGCCUUUUAGUGUCAUUUUCCCUAAUUUUUUUUGCCUUUAUGUAGAAAUAAGACAAAGGGUAGAGUAGGAAACUGAAUGGGACAACAUGCAGCAAAGAGCUUCAGGUUGAAAUUGACCCCCAGCUGUCUACUUCAGGGAAUAAAGCCUCUGUACAUGGAACAAGUUAUUUGAAACUGAGGACCCCAAAAUGUUUGUUUUCAACCCAUGAACAGACAAAUGUGGGCUCAGAAGUAGAGCAUAUACACAACACCAUAGGUUCUCUAAAAAGAGGAAAGGGAGAGACCUCAGCUUUAUUUCUAGUACAGGCCUCCCCCUUGCAGCCUAGUAUGGCUAUGUAUGGGUGGUUAAUAUAUUAGUUAUGCUCUACCUUUUACCAUCUGCCUCUGUGAGGUCCAGCUUUGAGUUAAAGCGUGUCUCUGUAAAAUUCCACAAAGUUCACAGGACAGUAAAUCUAUAUAAUGCACAGCACUUGAGAGUACUCUUUUUUUCUCUCCAAAGUUCACAUCUUUAUUAACAAUCAGCAUAAUGUUAACCUGAAUUCUGCUCAUAGCUGCAUAUUUUUCCUCAGUCAUUCCUGCAGCAUGUUCAUAUGUAAACUGAAGAGAAUGUAUUGGUUAAAGUGUCUGAGUUGUUAUCAGGCAGCGCCUGCACAUCAAAGGGUGGUCUCUGGAUUGACUGCCUGCUGGUGCCCACAGUGUUUAUAAUAGGGUCCUCACAGCAGGCAGUGAUACAACCAUUUGUUUUGCUCUGCCCUUGUACUUGGCUCCCUCAUACUCAGUGGUGUCCGGCUCUACACCAGGACUGGAGAAUAUAUGGUUUUCCUUUAAAGUGAGAGAUACAGUAUAUGUAUGUAAGAUCUGAAGUGUUUUACAUAUUCACAGAUGAACACAUAAGCACAUAUUCUCACUUUCAUCUUUUCUAAAAUGACAGUUCAGUCAUUGGCCUGAGGCUUUGGAUAAUGAUGAUCUAGUUUCUCCUUUAGGCCAGAAUUUUGUAUGGGGAGGGCUCUGUAGAUAAAUGAACACUAUUAAUUAAGCAGCAUCUGUAGAGACUUUCAUAGUAUAAAGCUUGUUAUCUACACAUAAAAGAGUAUUGUAUGUGCAUCGGUUAUUCACAAAUGGUUCACUUUUACACUGUCACAGUGCAAAAGAUGACCCAUGUGUCCACUGUGACCAAUUUCCUGCCCACUGGUUCUUACUGAGAAAAAAAACACAAUCCCACAUGGUCAACUGUAGAUCAGGAGGGUAGGCCUAUACGUACCCUGAGGGCACUGUUUUUGCUGGUAUGCAGAGAGACUGGCAUACCAUUCAAGACCCCUCUGUGUCGAGUUGUGUCCUGUUGGGAUUCCAAUUUACUCAACUACCUGCUAACUCUACAUUUUCCCACACAUUACCCUAAAGUCUUGACCCAAAGAUGUCAAGAUGAUUUUCUUGGUUUAAAAUAGACUUAUAUACUGCAAAGAAGAUAGUCAGUCAAUUUCCAAUUUCCAGUAAAGCCGCUAGAUUCUUAUUGGCCUCCUUGUGGAAUAAAAAUAACAUUAAACUGAACAUUUUAACUCAUGGUUGAGUUAAAACAUGACCCUUAUUGUUGGUUAUAACCCACAUCUAAGUGAACAUUUCCAUUGGAGGUGACUUCAGAUACGUGGAACUUCUGCAAGAAUAUUUAAACCAACAUUUUUGUCCUCAUUUAGCUGUCAUUUGUCUUUAAGCAUUGCAGAUGACAUAACUCCAAAGUUAAAUAAGGCAUAGGUCACAUCUUUUAACUUUGUUUCAGUAUCUCUCCACUUUACGGUUCAAGUUACUCAGUUGAAAUCAGCAGCCAAGAGAUACUCUCAUUGGCUGUGCUGCCGUUGCCUUGAUUGAAAGAUAGGAUGUUACUCUGAUUUUUCCCCAUCAUAGACGGCUGAAGUCAAGUAAUUCGUGGGACUGGUCUUCCAUCUGUGCCUAGAUUAUUCCCUGACUCAUAAGAUCAGCCUAAAACUGUUUCGCCACAGUGUCAAUAGGUAUGCCAGACACUUUGCCGAAGCUUGACCUGGUCUUGUCAAUCUGCCAGGUUGUCCUUAGUGUUGUUUUGCUGAUGAGCAUUAGUCACAACUGUUAUGAGGUUUUAACCUAUCAAAUCAAGUGUUUGAUAAAAAGUUAAGUAAUGAAAACUGACAAGGAAAUGUGGCAUAGAAAUGUGAAUUUCAAACAAACCCAGUGAUUAUUAAACUCAGUUUUAAGUCUGUGUAUCCCACAGAAACUGUGUUCCUCUGAAUUUUGAUCCCAUGUUUGUUUCACUUUAGUAGUUCCCAUGACUAUGACAGAGACUUCUGCUCUUCUGUUACCAGGUCACUUCAAUUCAAAGGCACUUGAACACACUUAGUUUGAGUACAGCAUCCAGAAAGUAAUUAGUGAGCCCCCAAGGUCUUCAUUUUUUUUAAUGUGUGCACUCUUUUCAACAAGUUGAGAAUAGAACCAAGACUGCAUUUAUCAUCUUCAAUGAUUAAGUGACUAAAAGAUGCUCAAAGAUUAUGCCAAGUAUAUAACAACUGAAAAGAAUCCAAUAUGUUAAGGGCAUAUUGCUCAGAAGACAAUUGCUUUUGACUGUCAGAAUCAAAAUGUUUGAACAGUAUUGAAUAUGCAGGCUGAGGAUAUAAAGCAGCCUUUCUUCAGUCACUUUAACUCUGCGUUACAUUGCUCCAGGCCUUCACUCUCAAUGAGCUGCAGCAGUUCUGAACAUGCACUUUGAUCCAGUCCACUGCAAACUUUUCAUCGCCGGGAGCCCAUUUUCUGGAUGUCUCAACUUAUGCUGAUCUACAUAAAUAGAUAAAUCUGGACUGAUCAGAUGGUUAAAUUGUGGAUAUCAAACAAAUUAAAAAGUCAGGGCUUAAAGUCUUCAUAAGCCCUGAAAAAAAGUUUUGCAGCGCAUUGAUGCUCAGGGCUAUGCUGACUUACCUGUCUGAAAGGAGGCAAUGAAUAAUUUGAUCACAUUUUUCAUUUCACUCGAGUGCUGAACAAACAGGAAUCUGUGAUUAACAGUUUUAAUUAGGAUUCUAACUUGACAAAUUCUUACAGCCUCGCAACGUGUCGAAGAUGAAUAAAUCACUGGCAUGGGAUCAUCAAGCUGCCUCCUAAGUGAAUGUGCCUGGAGAUUACUUUGUGAUUCCACAAAGUGUGAGUCAGCCAAGGCUGAGUGUGUUUAACUAAUCCUCUUGCCACCACAUGUCAGGUGGAGGAAGUUUAUGUCCACUCAAUGAGCUCACUACCCCGCUCAGGUUUGGACCCUCAUGCUCUCUUCAGUGUUUCUUCUUUGACUCUUGAAAGCUGGAUGUCAAAACUGAGUGGAGCCAGUGCUAGUUAGCCUCACAGCAUGUAAGACGUCUGCACACCUGGGUUAUGAGGGCACUGUAAAACUGGUGGGGAACAUUUUAGGAGAUUUAAUAAGGAUUUGAACUUCAGUGUAUGUAGGGUUCACUUCCAAGUGAAGCUAGUUGGUAUUUGGUGAAAUACACAAAAUCAAAUUUUUUAUAUUUGAUUGUUUAGUUGUAGAAGUCAAGACAGGAUCCCUAAAAUCUCUCUGUGUUUACUAGCUUAAACUGAAUGUCUUCUUAUUCAUUUGAUAAACACAAGUUGUUAUAUUGGCAUUUAUUCCACACAAAAUGGAGCCUAUCAUUCCCUUUUAAAGCAGCACUUCAGCAGAUUACUGAGCAGUACUCAAGAUGAGACAGCAUAGCUUUAAAGCCUGUGAGAUGACACUGCUUUCUUUAUGUGACUGCUAAACAGCAGGUGCUCAUCAAGGUUGAUCCUACAAGGUUUAACCUCACUGAUUCAUGCUGCCGAGGUUGAUUGAAAGACAUGAUUGAUUUUCUCUCAUGCACUUUGUGUGGGAAACUCUUGUAACCAAAGAACUUUUUUGCCACUUUCAAUGCUUCAUUCAAUUAGUUCUAAAUGAUGUUUUACAUUUUUAUUUUGCUUGAGCAUUAUUGUGCUUUCAUUGUAACCACAGGGGUGGAGCCAGGACUCUAACCUUAGACCCUGAUAGGCCAUCUUGGUGACCACCCUGAAACACUACACCAUGAUAGCUCCAUCCCAGGCUCCCAACCUCAGUCAAAAAGUCUGGCUCCACCACUGGAAAGUCCUCUGUAAAAAUUUGGCAGGAAGUCCCCCUUUUUUUUUUCUUUGACAAGUUGAGGAAUAAAUGCACUCCACCCCACCCCCAGACAUUAGAAGUUUUAGGGAAUUGCUCAUGAUUUUAUGUCUGCUCGCAGCUUAAAAAGAUGACUUAAUACAUUAAAUUUGUAAGCAACUAGUUUUAUCACUGAUUAUGAAGGAAAUUGUCAGCUCAUCACUGGGCCUCAUAAAACCCCAUACUGAGUUUAAAAAAUCAAAUCAAAAGCAGUUUCCAUUUAACGAAAUAUAUAAUUAAAUGAUAAGCAUUGGGGUGUUUUUAGCAAGACUACACCUGCUGUUUGACUAGAGUCUGACCACUGAGCAAAGGAUCAGUCAGCUCUUGUCGUGACUCUUUUUGCCAUUUUAUAACCUAAAUUGAGUUGUAAUUUAAAAACUGAUGUUUUACUUCAACAACAACCUUUUUUCACUUAAAAGCAGAAGAAAAAACAUACGCUACUAGAUGUCCACUAACAUCUAAAAAAAAUCUGUAUUUGACAUAAAAGGUUGUGUUCAAGUCGAUAUCUUCAGCUAGUUUGAUCCCUGAACAUACUGGGUUUACAAAAUGUUCUUGAUAAAACACACCACAAGACACUUUUUUUCCAUGUCAUAACAAGCUAAGCCUGCCGUUUCUCCUCAGAAAAUGUAAAUUUACUGUCCCCAAAGUACUGCUCUCUAAUUUUUGUUAUAGCAGUUUGCUUUAAAUUUGUAGACAGGGGUACGCUUCAUCUCUCAACCCCGGCAACCCGCCCUCAUACCAAAUUUAAACAUCAGUAAUGUGCACUGGUGUCUGAAAUUCUACUGUGAAAUGUUAAACUUAAAUCUUGAUGAUAUGCAUCAUAACUAUUGUAAUCAGACAUCCCAAGCCUCGCCUCCAUUAUUAAUUGUCCAAAGCAUAAUGAUUUAUUGUAGUCCUGCAGAAUGAUUAUUAAUUUUCUGGUUGAUUAUACCUGUGGGCGGCAACAACACUGUUCUGCAUUUACUGUAAGCAUCUAUUCCUUCUCACAUGAAGAGAUGUCCUUGGAGGAACAACAGCCCUUUUUUACUUUAAUCAAACAUAUGUGAAGUGUUGUUGAUUAAGGAUACCGUGGCAUGCUUUCAGAGGGGAAACGUCUAAUGAACAUUAUCUGAUGAUUUUCUUUGUUCAAACUUUGAGAGAAGAACAAUACAUCAUUGUUCAAGCUGUUAAGUCCAAGUAAGUGUAGUUUAUUCCAGUCAGUUGCAUGUUAAAACUUGGUUUAAAAAAAACAAAAAAAACAAGUGCUGCACCUCAAACUGCACCUGCACUACAACAGAAACGUUUGGUCGCACUACAUCAGGCUGUUGUGACACUGGUGGUUUACAUUCCAAAGGAACGGUGGAGAGUGACAGGAGUGUGUGUACAAUACAGGCUCCUCUCAGCCAGGCAAGUCUGGGUACGCCUGGACAGCAAACAGCGGGCCAAGUUCAAACUCCACUUCAACAUCUCAACACUUAGAGGAAUGCACAGGUGCAGACACUCUGCAGCAGACAAUCCCAGCUCACACUUGAUCACUUUGACACUUUGCAGGGAAGAUGCCAAUGACAGGUUCCUGUGGGAUUGUGAUUGGGCCUCUUUCAACAAAAGAAAGUCCACUGAGCUGUUCCUUUUUUUUUUUUUUCCAGCCUCCGAUCUUGCAGUAUUCAGGCCAAGUAAAUCCCUGCACGCACUCCUGCUCAUUUACAGCAUCACAGCUGAUGGUUGUGUAAUAACACUUUUACUCUGAUGAGCUUGGCAUGGGUAUCCAGUGGCAUAUUAAUCUAUCCGUGUCCAAUUAAUCAAUGCUGGAUCACAUGCUGCUGCUCUUAACUGCAGGCUUCCACUUACAUUUACUGAUAUCAGCUGACAUAUUUAAUCAGGGAUCACCUUCCUAUAGAGCAGACAUGCUGCAUAUAUAUUUCUACAUUAGCAAAUAGUAAUUUUCACAAUUUAUUUAUUAAUAUCCUGUACUAAGCAGUUUCACUGUUGGAGACAGACGUGAUCAGUCAGGAAAAGAUCUCUGGAGAGCUCUAUUUGCAGCUUCAUUGAUCACAUGAGAUAUCACUGUCCAUCAAACAAAAUUUCCCAGCACUUUCAUUAACUAAAUUAUAUUAAAUAUCCAAUUAAAUAUCUUCACUCAUAAAAUUAAAAGGAAGGGCAUGAUGUAGUAUUUUAAUGAUACUGAUUAGGAAUGUUGCUUUACAUCAUAGCUGUCCUCUUCCAAAUUGGACAUGUAUUUCUUUGAAAUGUUACAUCUGACACACCUUUUUCCAAUGGGAGAAGAAAAAAAGACCUGUUCACUCUGUCCUCUUCGGCCACUAAGAAAGAGAGGCAGAUUAAUUAACAGACCUUUGCAGCCAAUGAAGACAGGUGGCAAUAAUCCUGACGAGAGACAGAUCUGAAGCCUCUCAUACAAAACCAAUUUCAACCACACUCCAUUUUUCAAAAGCUCAUCAGGGUGAGGAACGACAGAGUUGAACCCAUGUGGCUGCAGAAUUUGUUUCUCUCUGAUUGCCUUGUCAGGAUAUCUUAUCCGAUGGCAGAUGACCAAAACCCCACCCUUCACAGGCAAACCCUCGCUUUUUCUCCCGCUGACACACAAACUCUUUCACACAAUGCAUUCUCUGUCUCCCCCAAUCACACACACUCACACAUACACACUUGUGCACAUCCUCUUGAACACCUCACAAGGACAAACACAGCCAUGAAUGACCAUUUGCCAAGUUUUAGUUGUUUUGCCAGUCAGGAUUAGCAUUCUCACUCAGACAAAAAAUGCUGUUUGCAUUGAUGACAGGGGGGGACACAACGAUCAAAAUUCUUAUUUAUAUUUAAAAGGAGGGAAACAGAUGCCGACUUCCAGUUUUUAUUGUUCAAACUUAGAUUUUUCUGCUGGAAAACCAAAAAUAAGCAUGAAAUGUUUUCCACACUACUUAAAUGAAAGUGUCAAAUUAGUUGAUGAUGGAUAUGAGCAUAAUACAAUGCCAGAAGACCACAGCUACAGAUAAAUGACGAAUAAAAAGUCUCUGUGCUCACCACUUGGUGAAAACAAUUACAGAGUACUGUUAUUGAGAAACAACAUCUUCGACUGCUAUUUCUUUACUCCUACUGUUGACUCUUGCAGUACAUAGAGUGAAUUACCUUGUAUGGCGUAGGGCUGCCCCUGCCCUUGACAGAAGAUGUCCUUUGUUCACUCAUGAGCAGUGUUGGGACUAACAUAUUAUUAAGUAGCGUGUUACAGUAACUACAUUAUUUUUACCAUAAUGAUUACUGUAACUAAUUACUUUGUCAAAAUCUGUAAUGUGCUUAUCAUUACUCCAAUUUAAACAGGCUUGUUACUUCAUGUGCAUAACUCAGGACUACAGUUUCCUUGAUGGACGUGAAGCACGUGUGGCGCAGCGACAUGCAAGUGAAUGAAUGAUAACAACAAUGGCAGCAGUCGAUGACAGUCCAGGCGUGGGAUUUCUCUCGUGGAAAUAUACACAUUAUUUUUCCUUUCUGACAGUAAAGACAAGGGGAGGGGUAUUGUGGUGACCUGUUAUCUAUGUGGAGGUUCCACGUCAAAGACGAGCAAUCCUAAUCUGAUGACACUUCUUUAGAAACAACAUGCAUCUACCAAGCUAGUUGAAAAAGACCCUGAUGGUUACAAAGUUGAUGCUGUUAAUGUUAGCCCCACCGACGCUAAAGGAGGAGCCACUCCAGCCAAACAACGAAAGCUUGAUUUUACAAAGCCUGUUGUACAGUCUAUAACCCAGACGCAGCUAAACAGACUGAUUGCCAGGUAUUUUGCUGAAGACAUGCAACCUAUCUCAACGGUUGAGUACCCUGCUUUCAGAGAACUGGUUAGCUAAAUACCUGUGUGAGGAAAAGAUGGUAAUGUGCCAGCACAAUGCAGUAAUAAGAGAAUUUAGAGUAACUAGUUAUCUUGAAAGUAACAAGUAACUUAAAGUAACUGCGUUACUUUGAAAGAAGUAACUAGUAACUGUCACUAAGUUACUAAUUUAAAGUAACUUGCCCAAUACUGCUUAUGAGAUAGUGAAAACUGCUUUGAACGUACUCAAGAACAUGCUCAGCAUUGGUAAAUUGAGGUUGCCAUCGGCCAAGUGGUCUGAGCACACUCCCAUUUAUUUGUGGUCCUCUUGGCACUGGUCAAGGGAUCAAUUCAAGGUCCUGCCAUGAUUUUGCUCCUGUCAUUCUUACCCAUCCCCAUCCACAGAUUAACUGUCUCUCACAAGCUUUCCUAUCUAAAAAGUAGAGGUCCCUGAUUAAUCCCAAGACUGUCAAAUUGGUGCUGUACUUCAGAAAAUGAACAAGGAUUGUUAUGAGCUUUGCACAGUCACACACUUCACACUUAAGUGUAACAGCAAAGAGACUCACUGUAUCUAAUGAUCAUUGUACCGACCUGAUCCUGAACACAUCACAACCUGGUCAUGUGCCACCUAAUGGACUGGACUGGUAACAAAAUUUAGGUCCACUUACCACGAGUGCUUUGAGUGAAAGUCAAGAAAGGCUGUCCUGCAGCAGCAAAAGUUGAGGGUUUUAGCAACACAAAAACUAUCAGUGGUUUGGUUUAACUCAUGGUGUAGGUUGAUAUCCUUUCUUUAAAAGCCAGUAUUUUGCAACAUAAACUACAUACUGCUUACGUGAAAUGUGGCCUACAUUUAGAUCAUUUUGGCAUGUUCAGACAAACCAGCAAACUACUGGCGAUCAGAUUUUUUAAAUACCUUUUUGGUUCAUAAUUCAGUUUUAUACAAAACCUUAGACCAUUGAUCUAUGUGCACCAGUGAUUUGAUCUACAUCCAUAACUCCAGUCAUAAUACAAUGAUACAUCAGGAGCCACAGGACUCAGUAGCUGAUUCUGUAAGCUCAGACAUCAUUCAUUUGCAGGUAUUGAAAAAUGCAAACCCCCCCCCCCCCCCCCCACACACACACACACACACACACACAACGCCUCUGUAGAAUUUGUGGGUUUCUAUGUGUUUAUUCUUCCAUUGCACAGUUUAAUGGCUCUGUUUCUUCAAAAGUACUCCAAAUAAACUUAAAAAAAGUGAGCACAAUGAGCUGCAGCACAAACUAAAUGGUCUCAUGGAGAGCAUUGAUUCUGAUUAUUUAUCUUGGUUUCAUUGUCUUCAUUGCAAUGGGGUUAUUUAUCCCAACAGAAUGGACCCCUCUUGGUUUGCAGCAUUACAAUCAACAGCACAUUAUAGUAAUGAUACUAUACAUAGGCAAUUAGUACAUAAUAAUGUGCAGCACUUGCAUUAAUGUGAUUGUGCUUGUCUGCUGCAGGGAAAUGCAUAUGAAAGAUUCUGUGCUUUCCUUUCCUUUCACUCCUGCCUAACCCUCAUCACAACAGCCUCAGUGGUCGAUGAUGAGAUCCACCCUGACCGUCCAAACACUACUCCCCCUGGAACAUUAAUUUCAAAGCAGUCCCAUGAGUAAAUCAAAGAGAGGGAGCUCACUGGGCAGGAGAAGUAGGGAGUGGGAACCACACUUCUCCUGUAUAAAAAGGCCUCCUCCUCGUCCCAGGGAGAAAGUAUUAUGGCAAAUUAAUUUCCAAGAGAUUAAUGUACAAGGUAAAUAUUUUAGUAGAGUACUUAUCUUCUAAAAAGUCAGAGGAAGCACACCUCCUAACUCCCUUCCCCCCGCCUCGCUCUCCCAGUGUGUGUGAAAACAGCUUAGAUGCAUAAGAAGUCUAAUGAGACAAGAGAUUCCAAGCUGCCUGAUGGCUCUCAUCAAUCACCUUUCUCCUUUGGAGGUGUGAUGCUGGGCCAGGGGGAAGGGGCCACAGAGGGUCGGGUGGGAGGGAAGGCAUCAGGCUUUUAAUCUCAAUAAGUUAAUAGACUUUCAGGUCUGGUCCUGCUAAGUAGAACUUCAUCCCUGUUGUUAGCAAACAAGCAGCAUGUACACAGGAGGCUGUCUCAGGGGCUGCUUGGCAUUUCCACUUUACACAGUUAAUUUGGGCUGCAACUGAGAGUAGAACAUCUAACUAAAGUUUGUUGAUUUGCUGAUAUCAACCAGUGACAUGUUGCUAAGUACAGAGUUGAGGAAAACAAAUUUAAAUGUCUUUUUGUUUUCUUUUUUUUUUCCAAUUAUUAUUAUUUCAGUUGCAGUUUGGGCUUAUGAAACAUGUCUAUGGUUGCUUGUUUAGCUUAAGGCAUAUGCAGUGAUUGGUGCAAACUUCUCAACCAUGCACAACAUAAUUCACUAAAUUAAUAACAUUUUCAGUGUGCAGAUGUUUUGUGAAGUUGACAUCUGAAGGUGGAAUUAGCCAUUAGCUAAUACUUUUCAGAAAGCAACGGUUGUCUAAUAACAGCUGAACAAUUGUGACUCAGAAAGGCCGGCCUGCCAAAUCCUGGGGGUCUUGCAGUUGUCAAAAUGUAAAGAAUACAAUAAGAAAUGUUUGCCAGCUUGAAGAUAAAGUACUUAAGUUCCAAAUGCAUUACUAUUGAAAAGCUUACAACCUCACACAUUAUCAAAGUUACACUAAACAAAUGUACAGUAAGCAUGCAAAGUCAGUGUACGUUUUCUCAGAGGUCUACCACUCUGUGAGAAACUGUGAUGUUGUUCAAUAAUUUCACUUAGUAUAGAAUUGUCAACAGUACAUAAAUCCAAUAAAAGACUCAGGGAAUCCGGAGAAGUCUCUUCAAGAAAAGGACAAGGCCUAAAACUAAUACUGGGUGGGUGUAAUCUGUGGUUUUUAAGGCAGCACUACAUGAAAAUCAACAUGCAGAUUAAAACUACACAAUGCAAAGAGGAAACCAUGUAGAAACAUUAUGUAGAACUUCUAGUGAAUUCCCUAUACUUCAGUCUAGACAGAGCAGACUGGGGGACAGUAAAAAGGAUCCUUUAAUCUGAUUAAUCAAAAUUUGACUUUCUUUUUGAAAUUCUGGACACCUUUACUUCUGCUCUACAGUGGAGAGGAACAACUAUUAACACAUGCAGUUUUAAAGCCAGCGUCUGUGUUGGAUGCCCAAGUCCCUGUGACAUGUAUGACUGACACUUUUGGGAAAGCACCAUAAUAAUGCUGAAUAUAUAGCAAACCAGUUUGGUUUCCAAAUGUCUACAGAGUGAAGAGAUGUUGCAACCCAAUGGUAAACAUAUGUUGCUAGCAAAGAAUGAAAAAGAAUUUAUGUAUUUUUCAUCAAACAAACUUUCAGUCCCAACAUUUGAUAUGGUGUCCUUAUUUUUUAUCAAAUAAAGUGUUGAAAUGAUUUGGAAACCUUGAAAUAUUGUCAUGAACAUUCCACACAGUGUCCAAGCAAACAAACAUGACUUGUGUUGCAAUCCUCACUGAAGAAGAUCAAAUAGUUAAUUUCCUGAUUUCUGUUGCAGUUCUUUCCACCCUGUAUAUUAAAUCAGAAAAAAUAGCACAGAAACUUAAGUGUGAGUGUUAGAUGAUGUAUCACAGGGACUGUCGGAGUGACAGCAGGUCAAACAAUACUGACCAUGACUUUAAGCGAUAUUGUUUUGUGCCUUUGUCCUCUUUGCUGCACGACUAUGUCAGUCCUGCUUAAUGAAUUAUCUCCAUGCUGGACCAUACCUCUGGAGAAAGAGGGGGGUAAUGUGGAAAAUAUGUAGAAAAUGUAUUUGGGUUGACUGUCCAGCUAUUAAUAAUGAUUGUGUUUGGAUAAAUAGUGCCCUACUUUCAGAAUCUGUGGAUCUAAAUAUUCCCAAUAGGCUGCUCCCCCUCCUGUAUUGAUUGAUUGGUUUUGUGUUUAAAGGUCAUAGUCAUAAAACAUCAGGAUGUAAUUAACACACUGUGAUUUUUAACCAGUGGUUAAUGUAUUUUGUGCUGACUUUAUAAGUUAUAGCUUGCUUCCCGGUCGAGUGUUUGGAUUGCCAAGUGUUAUUUGACUUUAAGAUUAGGUGCAGAGGAAAUGUAAUUUCUGUUGAGACCAAAAAGGGGCAGAUAGGUCUGCCAGGCCUGUGAUACAUGUCCUUAUGUAGUGUGUCUUUAAUCAUGUUCCUUUCAAGGUAUAGAUGGACUACUAUGAGUCCCUUUGCUCUAAACAGCUUGCCUCCAAAAUACUAAAAACCUGCUUGUAUUCCAUGCAGAGCUCCAUUAAUACAUGAUAGAUGGGAUGGUUUCCUUAUGGCUACUUUAAUCGGCUCUUUCACAGGAACUGGCUCAAGAAAUACAAUCAAACUGCUUUUAACCCAAUUCAAACUGGUUUGGCCUUGAUACCAAAAUCAAAAGCGUAAAUCCCACUGAUGGAUGGGACACUCACAGCUUUAUCCAAAUGAGCCUUUUCAGGGCGGCCACCAAAUGUGUUCAAUCACUUUUAGUCUCUCAAACCUUUAUGACUGACCACAGUAAUGAGCACAAUUUUAAUAGCUUGUACUGUAAGCCUUCAUUUCUAUACUACAAAGAAAAACUGUGGAAAAAAUACAGUAUUUGCUCUGCUGCUGCCUUGGUAUUUGAGGGCGCAUUCACAUCAGGACUGUUUGGUUCGUUUUAAAAGUACCAUGGUUCCCUUACUCCUUUGGUCCAGGUGGUACGAACGUGCAAGCAAACUGUGGUCUGGGUCAAACAAACGGACCAUGGACUUCUUGAAUAUGGACCAUGGUCCUCUUGAAUAUGCCGAACUUGGUCCCCUUCCAAAUGAACCAUGGUCCAGUUGGCAGCGGGUGUAAAUACAGUGCUGAUGCAGACAGACUUUUUAAAUGUCAGUAUAAACAGAUAACAUAUUUACACUGUAAUACAGCCGGGAAAUUAUGCCAGAUGGAGAACAGCCGGUUAAAACACUGGACUGUCCGUAAAACUGGAUGAAUGGCAGAGAGUUUGUGUUCGAAUACAAUAGUCAGGUGAUAAAUAUUAAAUACCUGGAUUUUCUUCUAUUCAACAAACACGCUGAUAAUGUGUUAUAGGCAUUCCUUUGCAUUAAUGCCCGGCAUCUCCUCGCACACUGUCUCGCCACCUCUGGUGAAUUACGUGAGGAAAAGACGCCCAUUGUUCUCUCUGGUCGGCUACUCUCUGUGCCGUUGUGGGACAAUGAAGAUUGUGCCCCAAAUUAGCAGGUGACAGACAGUGAUUUUCCCUCAUAAUGUUCCCACUUUUUUUAACCUUUUGGUUCGCUUAGCAAAAGUCCCCUGUGAGCGCUAACCAGACCAAAUGCAAAAUGCAACAAUGUAAACACUUGGUCCCUGAUCUGGACCUUCUAAGUGGAGGUGAGAAAGGCCCCUAAGUCUCUUUAUAUCCAUUAGCAGGCUGAAAAAAGUGUGUUUGUUUGUCCGAAUGUCUUAACUUUCUUUUACAAAAACUACUGAAUAAACUUUCAGUUUAAUUGCCUUCAUCCCAAAUGACCACCAUGCAAAACAAAGGAAAGAGAAGCUGCAAACUCCAGAGAUAAAAAGAGGUUAACGCUGAUGUGUGAGAUUUUAAAAUGGGACAACGGAUAAAUGCAACUUUUCAAGCCACUUUUUAUCAUCUUCGUCUUUUAACCGAGAUCAAGCUUUUUUUUUAACCUUUAGUGAUUUGGGGUCUGCAAGCUCAUCUUAAUUAUUGUAAUGCACUUCAUUUUGGUGCCAACCAAACCUCUCUGAUGCGUUUACAGUUUGUUCAAAACGCUGCAGCUCGUCUCAUAACCAGCCAAUGUAAAUAUGACCACCUUUUCUCCAUUUUAGCCUCUCUACACUUGCUUCCCAUGCAUUUUAGGAUUGAUUUUAAAAAUGUUGUAUAAAUUCAUAGAUCUUAAAAUCUCUUAUUUUAAUGACCCUUUAAAAGUCCAUUAUUAUCUCUGUCUUUCAGAUCCUCCAACUAGUCUUAUGACCAUCCCAAACUCAAGCUCAGGAGUGACCAAGCUUUUGUCAGUGGCAGUGCCUUUAGAGGCUCCUGAAUACUCUUCCUCCUCAUGUCUGACUGUCCCACUGACUGCCUGUUUUUAAAUCAAACUUGAAAAUGCACUUUUAGUCUUUGGCCCCUUAGAUUUGGGCUUUUAAUGUUGCUAUUGAACUGUUUAUGUCUUCCUGUUUCUACUGCGGUCCUGUUUGUGUCAAAUUUGAUAGGAUUGGAUGUGCUAAACUGCUGUAGUACCUUGAGUGUCCACUUGAAUACACGUUUGAAGCCUGGUUCAAAGGAAAAAAUGUAAUCAAACCGUACAAAUAGACGUGAAUUAUUCUGACUUCUUUUAAGAUUGUAAAGUUGCAAGUUUUGCGUGAUCAAGGAUGGAGCUUACUUGACUUAAACAUGGCCACAUUGCAGCAGUUGCCAAGGAGGUUUAUAGUCUUCAUCAGCUCUGCCUCUUUGCCUUUCUGCCAGGUCAAUCAAAAGUGGUGUUGAGUAAGUAUUUCAACAUAGCAACCACUGUCUUAAGGCCUCAAAACUGCUAGAGAAACCAAUGAGUGAGGGAUGUCUCUAAGACUGUCCAUGUUUUUAUCAGUCUUCAGGCAAAAGUAGUUUUUAGUUUUGGUUUAUGAGGAGUAGAGUAACCUAACAAAUUCAGUGCAACAAAGUGUUGUCAUAAAACUGCAAAAGAAGCUUUGAAGAUUUCCCCACCACUUCCCUCGAUAUAAUGAUCAUAGAAACCUCUGCUCCUGCAGUAGUCAGGACCCACCCUGCGAUAGCCGAGUGCUGUUGGCUGUGUGUUUCACCCCACUGUACGAAGAGUGACUCACAAGAACGACCCAAACACAAUAUCCUCCUAAAAUAUAGAUGGAGGGCAAACUCCCAACAGACAGAGACAUUACCACGUGUCUUCUGGAUAAUAAGUAAAAACCGAUGUGUCAUAUACAAAACAAAUCUACCCUUGUUUUGGAAACCUCCUCUUCAUGUUUUUAGUUACUGUAAGGGUAUUUCAAAUGGGUCCCUUUGUGUUGAGAGUCUUUCUUGUACUCAUACUGUGUUCAGGUUGUGUGUCAAAAACAAAACCUUUGUCAGUAUUGAGCGUCCAUGAGUUGUAUGUUUGAUCUUUCUUGCAGCUGAACAGGAAUCUCAGGAUCCUAAUGGACCUGUGGAGGUUUGAAAGUUUUGUUGGGCAAACAGUAUUUUGGCAUGGUAUUGAUUUUGGUAUCAGUAGAUAGGAAAAUUUCUGCAGAUAUACUUCAGCAAAAAAGGUAAUUAAUGAUGUGCAAAUUCUGUUAGUGGACAAAUCUAGUAUCGGUAUAGGCCUAAAUUAGUUUGAAAAUAUCAACAUAUAACACCGGCACAAAUUCACAAUUGUGCCUCUCUUAAAUUUUGGUAUCAGCCCUGUGUUCAGAAAGUUAAAAUGGGAUUUGAAUUCAGCUGUUUUGACUCAAUUACACAGCAAGCUGUUUUCUCAAAAAUAAAAUCUGAUUGUAUUCAAGUCUGCUAGAAAAUGAGGCCACUUCUCAGAUGCUAAUACUGUUCCUAAUGAGUUUUUGGUCUCAAUCACCAGUUUCAAGUGUGCCUCAGUGAUGUUAAUUCAGCAAGCUGCCAUCCCAUUUCAAAUAGACAGUAAAGCAAAAAAGCUUUAGGGUAGCUACUCUUGAUUGAAAACUAUCGCCAUCCAACCACUCUCUCAUUCAGAUACAUCCUCCUCUGGCUCUAACCGCUCAAAAUGGCCAUGGGCAAAGUAGUCUGUGGAACUUGAGGCUUAAAAUGUAGUCUAGAUAUAUGUAUUGUAGACGGUUGUUAUCACCUACUUAUACACCGUCUACGUUCCAACCCAAUUUAUCAAGUAGGACAGAAUGAAACGUGACAUUAACUCAGGAUUUACAAAUUACUCUGCUGUAACAUUCACCCAACAUUCUUCGCUAUGCAUUCAUAAACAGACUAUCUAAUCUGCAAACAAAAAGAGAGGUGUUCAGUUUUGCUGCUGGCAGCAGCAGCAGCAGCAGCAGCUCUGUUCUGCCUUAAGAGGGAAAAAUCACCACAAAAGAACCUCAUAUGAGUGUAAACCACAACCCAGUAAUUUAAUCAGAGCGGCUCAAAUCAAAGGAGGCAAAAGUUCAGGAUCUGAAUGCAAUGAAAUGUAUCAGUUCCUUAGAACCUCCUGACAUAGCUCACUUGCAGAAGAGCAAGCCCAGACAGAAAGGCCUGAGUAAUGAAGAUGGAUGCAUUCUGUUAUCAGGCAGCCACUUACUGGGGCCUGAUGUGACCUUAAACAUGGAGGAUAGCUCAGUUGCACAAAGAAUGUAAUUAAUGAAUAGCAGCCAUGAAAGAGGACAAGGCAAGUGUGCAUUUGCAGAUGAAUUCCAGACACUAAUCAAACGCUGUUCAAGUGGUUUGGUUUGUCUCCAGAGCAAGGCAAUAUUUGGCGAGGAUUUAAGGCUUGUGUUUGCAUGCUGGCAUUGCAUGCCGGUUAAGUGUUUUUAUGUAGGUGCCUGUGUGAGAAUUAUAUAUUGUUUUAUUCUGUUGUGUAGUCAAAGUGUUUUUUUUACAGUUUGAAGAAUGAAGCCAGGGUUGGGGUAAAGGUCUGGAGGAACAGAACAGGUUGAAUGUAUUUUAGCCAUAGGAGUUUGUUUACUGUUUGUAACUGUUAUUGCAUUCAGGUUACAAUAAAGGUUUGAAUCUAUAAAACAACAUUUUACUGUAUUAACAAUUUAACUUGGGAUAUAUCCAGAUUCCUCACCUUAGUUUGACCAUUUAGCCCAGACUCUUCCACUGUGCUGCUCUGCUGUCCUGUCUGAUCUAGGGUCAUUACACUCAGAUUAAAGUGGUAACGUUGAAUGAUUCUCACUGCAAGUAGAGAGUAAAAACUCUUUUUCUUUGGCCACCAUGGCUGUGUCCGUUUUUCCAGACUUAAAUGAAUAGAUUAAAACACAUUAAAAGUUCGAACUGCACUUUUACAACAGUGCCUAAAGGUGCCUGAAUGGACAUGCUGGACGGACAGUUCUCUGUGCCCUGACCUGCCUCUCAGUCUUUGAUGAUUUAGGGUUGAUCAAAACUGUGGAACCUCCCACUAAAUGUAGUCUUCAACACUCUCUUAGUCAAGGCUCUGACAAUGAGCUAUUAGCAGCAAUAGCAGCAAAAACUGGCAGACAAUAAAUAUAAACCGAUGUCACCCCAACAGCUGGUUGUGUCUGUGUCACUGACAUACACCAGGAGAAAAACUCAAUAAAAUUGAGAAUAAAAGAUGGAGACAGUUGAGGGUUUGUACCUGCAGUGCACUUGUUGCAAAUACAAGAUGUAAUGAACACUGGCUUUAAGUCGGUUGUGAUUGUACUGGCUAAAGUGGCUCCAAUGGUUCACAUGUGUCUUGUUUUUAUUUUUUGUUUUUUUUUACUUGACAUCAAAUGUCAAAUGCUACCCCUCAUUCUCCCAGGCGUUGACACUUUCCCAUGUCAGUUGUCCCACUCUUCUGCACAGUUGAGGAACAUCUGAUUGGAUUUAUAAAUGAUACUGCAGCCAGUCAGCAGGGGGGGCUCUGAAUGUUUCUUCACUCACUGAGCACACCUGAGAACUCCACUAAACAUUUAUUGUACUUUGAAUCACUGUAGAUCUUCUGUAGAUCUUUUAUUAAACAGUUUACUUGACUUGCUGUCUUUCUCCCUUCUUCUAGUACCAACUCCAGAGGAUCUCCCCAUGGUGGUUGGUGAGCUCCCAGUGGCAGACGUGGCUUGUGCUCAUCACCGCGUUAGCUUUGCUGGGUCUGGUGCCUUAUGUUGUUUACCGCAUGAUGACUGCCUUCACCAACCCUCCUCCUCCCAUCACCUUUAAAGUAGCAGCAGCUUCAUUUGGUCUGCUGACAGAGAUCCUACUGAUCAAGUGAGCAUUUUCAUUUAGUUUUUUUGACCUUUUUUUAACAGUCCCAACAGUAUAGUUUGGAAGCAUCCUUGGUUUGAACUUCAUCUAACAUUGCCAACACAAAGGGAAGAUUAAUGAUUAAAAUAAGAUAGAUCUUGUCUUGUUAGCUGAACACUUACUCUAUUUUUUUUUUUAUGUGCGUUUCAAAAACAAGGAGUGUCAUCAAAAUAAUCAUCUUUAAAAACAUGCCCCUGACCCCCAGCCACCCCUCCACCUCUCUUGUUUUCACUUAGUCUUAUUUCCCAUUUUGAUAUUGCUAAUUGGAAUGAUGCCUGCGGUACUGUAAACCAUUAGUAAAUGAACAGUCUGUUUUUAUCAACAUCUAGCUUGUAAAUAAUGCAUUGGAUGGCUGGCAUAAACAAUAUCUACUCAGUGAUUAAAAAGCAACAUAUGGCUGAUACUGUAAUCAGAUUACUAAUACAGGUUAUGUAAUCUGUAAUUGCCUUAAGUAGUAACUCAAAUCUGCAGUUUUGUGGAAAAAAGAUCCCUCAGACUCUAAAUAAAACACAGUGAAAGUGACUUUAAUGAACAAAAUGCAGGGAUUUGGACAAACACUCUUGCCCUAUAAAACUCAUUAUAAAAUAUUGUAGAAGUAGCAGUGAUGUAAGCCUCCAAUCACUCCAAACAGCUUUCCGUGCCAGUAGCAAAAUUAAAACUUUGUGUUCUACAUGCGCCUUUCCUCCAGUGUUUGUCUAAAGUCAAAUAAGAGAGGCUGUUUGUAAUUAACUAAACAAGGCUCGUAACUUUUUCCCCCAUUAACUGCCUUUGCAAGGAAUGCGGCUAGUGAACUGGUAAUUAAUAAAUAUGGUUGCACUGGUAAUGUGCUUCUGCAUCAUUAUGUUGUUGAAGCCCUUCUCCACGCUAGUAAUGAGCUGUAAUUUUAUGACAGGAAAUUGGUUUGUUUACAACACAUUCAGCUGCUUCACACGAGCUGCAUUCUUGGCAGAUUUUGGCUGCAGGUAUUUGUUCAUCGUUAUGAGCUCAGAGAGGUUCAUAUAUGUUGUCAUGCUAACAGUUAUAUGGUUAAAGCACCAACACUUUGUAAAUAUGCUUUCAACAUAACGCAUUGUUCUGUAUUUAUGUUGCUUUGAGUCGUCAAAAUACAAGUCAUAAAAAAAGAACGCUAACAACACUUAGAUUAUGGGCUCUGUGUUAUAUGGAACAGACACAGUCCGUGCAUGCUAGAAAAAUAAACCAAGACAGCUAUUUUGUAAUAAUAAAUUGCAGUUAAAUUAAAUUAAUAUCUCCAUAAGAACUCUGCUUUAUUUUAUAUAUUAAAUAACCAGUAAUACUAAUGACUAAAAAGAAAAAUAAGUCAAAAAUAUUUGCUCAGUGUUAUCAAAACUGAAUAAUAAACAGUGUAUUUUUUAGUGUUUACCACAAAGCAACCCAAUGUCAUGAUGGGGUUGGGCCAUUUACAAGAGAAAUAAGCCAGCUUAUUUCCCCUUUAUACACAGGAAAUGGGUCUUUGCCAUUCUGUUCCUGUUAACUUUGGUCCUCGUUUCUUCAUAGACCAGAGACUAAGUCGAAUUUUCAAAUGUUAUCGCUAUUUUCACUACUCCUUACGGUUUUAGUUACCUUGCAGUGUGCAGCAACUUAGAGGUGCAUAGGACUGGAUCCACUGUUAAAUAUCCUCUUUGCUUGGCCUGCUUAUUUAGUAUGCUAACAGAAAAUCAGACAGAUUCCAUCAGACUGAAACUUGCCAGUGUUCUGCACAUGCUCCAGAGUUCAAGCUGGGUCAAGCACAGUCUUACAGUUAAAUUGCCUGACUGACUCAUCACUGUAGCUUGACUUACCCUUUAGGGGGGCGUCAUGUUUACCUUUCUUUUUACCUUACUUACACAAAGUUGCUUAUUAUGAGAUGCAACAGAGGAUUAGCAAAUUCUACUUUCCAACAAUGGUCAGAUUUAAUAUUCUGGCCAUGUUGGGCUUUAUUUGUUUAAAUAUGUACUUAAUUUGUUGUUGUUUCACUCUAAGUAUUAAAAUAGGUGAGUCUAAUAUGUUACAUUUAUCAUUUUAUAAGAACAUUUCUCUCACUGUCCAGACCUGAUGUCAUUUUCUUGCCACUGAGGUAGGUCAAUUCAAAAAUAUCUUCAAGGGAAACAGACUUUGUGAGUUAUGUGAAUUAAAUGAAUCCUCUUGUUUUAAAAUGAAUUUAAUUUAAUUUUAAUGUAAAUGAAUCCUCUUUUUUCUUUUUCUAUUUCACAAACCCCGAUGAUCGGAUAGAGCUACUGUUACUCACAAUCAUUUAUCAAAACUCAAAAAAAUUUAAGUAGGUGAGCCAAAGCUGGAUUUCCUGGUAAAGUUUGGCAUAUUUAAGGGAACUAUUGUUAUCUUAGAAGCCCAAAAUACAGUCAUGACAGUCUGUUAAAUUGGUGUUUAUGUUUUAAUUUUCCUCUGUUGGUCUGACACAAUGAGACUGUAUAGAUUCAUGGUGUCAUGUAAGUUGGUGCAGGCUUGAGGGCAUAAUAUUGUAUGUGUGAGAGUAAUAAAGUAAAGCUUCUGUCUUCUUUCAUGAUCUCCUUUCUGUUUCUGUUUUGGUUCCUGACCUUACAAAUUUUAAUGUUUGGAUAUACAGCAAAUGUGUUGAACUGAUUUAUGUUAACACCUCUUUUGGCUAGUUGCAUAACCCUUUCUUGGAUUCCAUAUUCAUUUAUUCAUCUCCGAGUGCAACUGAGGACUGAGCUUUUGCAGUUGGGCUGUUGUUAUUGUUAUGCUGUAAGUUUCCCACAGUUUAAAAGUUGAACACAGUCUAUAACAUUGAAGGUGUCGCACAGCCGCAACCAGGUUUUCUCACUGAUGUUUCCAUUAUUGCUGGUUCAACAGUGAUGUUGGUGGGUGCCCUUAUUAGCAUUGUUGGGCCUUGCGGACCCGUGCCCCAUGGUGCUUGUGCUGCCUGGGAUGUGCCAGCCUCCUGCUGCCCUCUGUCAGGGUGCAUCUCGGUCACCCUUCAGCCUGAGGGAGGGUGUCCAUAUAAAGAGCGAGCCCCAAGUCUCCUGCUCACCACACAGCCUUGUUGUGUUUGCAGCAGGGAUAAGACAAAGAUAAAUGAGUGUUUCAGUAAUCAGAAGUUCAGAAGGAGCUGUUACUGUAUUGGAUGCAUGUUGUGUACUCACAUAUUCAUUUGCAACAGCUCUUAAAAUGGCAACAUGUAAUAAUGCCAGUUUAUUGGCAGGGGGGCUGAAGCAUUUUGCUACCCGUCUCUGUUACCUGUAGUCAGUUACCAUGGCGACGACUCUUCAAACGCAAGUUUGGUUUGCAACAAAGCAAUUAAAAAGUUUUGUUUUUAUAGUUCUGAUGAAAAGUGUUGGCUGAGAAAGAAUUUUUUCAGCAUAAUGAGAAGUUAUGUUCAUGUAUUUAAUUAGUGGCAUGCUUUUAUCUUCUCUUCUCUUCCUCUUAAGGGCGAAGUUACCAAUAAUCUACAUUUUUCUUUUUGUAAACCAGUCCCAUGAAAACACCUGCAGCUAAUUGUUGUCUUUAUGGGCUAAACUGCAUCAUUCUUCAGUGCUGUGAAGCUCCACUGUUGUCAGAAAACUCACCAAUGAGUCACUUUGUUUCACAGGCUGACACAUUUCUUCAUUUCUGUGAGGGAACACUUUCUCAUGAUUGAUCUGCAGCUAAAGGUAGCCCCCUAUCAAAUCCCCUAUUGGUCUCUCUUUGAGUUAUGUUUGCUUUAACCCACAGCUUCAUCUGCCUUAGUAAAUGACAAAACAUUUUUAAAAGAUGACCCUUGUCUAUGUUCUCAUAGAAAAAACACCACCAUGUUAGCAACUGAGUGCAAAAUUUGAGGGCAAGGGACAAUACUUUAGUUAGGAAGUCGGCUAGCAUCCAUUUUCUGAAAUAUAAUCAGUCAUACUUAAAGUUCCUGUGAGGAGAUGUUUACUGGUUACAAAACAGACUGAAAUUGACAUUGUUGCUUUCAUGUGACCCACAAGACCUCCAGCCCCAAGACUUGAUAUUCUCAUGUAAUCAUUUUUGAUGCAUGUGACGGCUGUCAAAAGCUAAAUUUCAGAUGCGGAGAUUGAAAGGCACAGCAGAGUCAGUGUUGUGGCUUAUUGAACAAAAACUGAUAGUUAAGCAGGCUGAGAUUUAUUUGACAUGAAAAUCUUCUUAUACAUGUACAGGACGAAUUUAGCAAAGAGAUUUAAAAAAAAAUUCCACUUUGACCACAGAGGGCACCAGAAUCAACACACACAUAAAGUUCCUUACAGGGGCUUCUAGUUAACUGGUUGAAUGAAGGGAAUCAAUUGAAUCAAUAGCAAAAGAAUGGCUUAUAUUUCCCUGAGUGCAGUGCUCGAACCGGUUAUAGUCUAACAAAUAUUUGGCCUCUUAUCAAACUUGAUGAACAAGGUUUGUCCAAAGGUGACCAACUCAUUGGUAAUUCAAAUGGAAGAUCGAUUUCUAACUAGUAUUAAAGUAAAAGAACCGUCAGAAGGCAGUCAAACUGUGUUUAAACACGACUAAACACGUGGGUAGACAGUCUUGUCAGUGCUGCUCUCGUCAGGUAUGUUUUAUUUUCAACCAAAUACACUCUACAAUAUUUUCUUACAUAGAACAAGAAGCCAUCUGUCAUCCGUACCUCUUUACAUCUGGGGAGUAAAGUAUUACCAUCACAUCACAGAUACUGAGAAUAAGCCUUGCACUAAAACUAAUCUAGUGGUGAGUGGCAGUACAAUAGCUUUUACACAAUAUAUGGCUGCCAUUUUGUGACUAUGUUAAAGGCGGGGUAGGGAGGAAUCUGUUAAAGAAGCAUCUUUUUUUGUGGUGUGUAUACAAAAAAGCUUUCAAUAUCAGUCAAUAGCUAUUAGCCAUUGAUGACAUUUUGUAUUUUUCACGAUAUCGCUGUGUUUUGUUAUGUCUUUGUAGUCAACAUUUUAAAAUUUGAAAGCGCUCCGCUAUUUCUGACUGUAAACAAAGACAUUCUCUGCCUCCCCCAACCUGAUUGGUCGUGAGGCAGACGCUGCUCCCUAGUGCUGAUUGGUUGUGAGGCAGACACUGCUCCCGUUGUUCAGGAGCCCAAAUAAAGUUAGCAUGCUACAAUAUCGGACAGUAGAAACCAACCAGAAAGUACAGAAAAUUGUCUGAAUCCACCUUUAGACACGACCAUCGACACAGGCAAGAAAAUGAAGUAAUUACCGGAGACUCUGGCGGAAUAAUGGGCGCUUACAAAGAAGGUAGACCACACAGACAAGAGCUAAAAAAGCAGGGUCAACAAUGAUGGGGGACGCUUUGGGAUCUUACAGACCCUGUAACCUUUCUGCUGGACAGGUAAACCAGUUUAACAAAGCAAGCCAAGUGUCUGUAACAGAAGUGUAACUUGUCAAACGGGACCUGCUGCGUGUUGAAGUGCCGCCAAACUGUUUACCUCCAGUCCUGGAGUGUGCCACUUUAUCCUAGUUGUAGAACUCCAGCAAACAUUGUGUUUGUUGGUAGUCUGUUGGUGUCUACAGUAGCACCAAUGCUGUUUACUUUCAUGUUGACUGGACUCCAUUUGUAAUUAUCAGAAGUAUUUUUCUGCAUUAUAUCUGAAUUUAAUUGGAGCGAUACGAGCGAGCAAGAGCAUCUGUUUGUGGGCGGGGCUUUCUGGAGAAGAGAGAAAGGGGAGAGGAGGAGCCGAGGGGAAAACUGGUUGGGAGGGCUAGUGUUAACAUUCAAGAUUUCUCCCAAAAACUUCCUCAGAUCCUGCCUACCCCACCUUUGAUUAAAAAAUGUUAGUAAUUUGCUAAAUUGAGUAAUUCUGGUCCAUCUGGCAGAAAGCAGAUUUAAGAAGGUGUCACUUCAACUUCAUUCUUGCUGCUUAGAGCUCAAGUAAGGAGCUUAAAAUUGGAUAUGAAACAAAUUAAAUUAAAUUCAGAAGCCUCAAUAUGACGUAUACAAUUUUUGUAUACAUUUGAAUGUCUUUUAACCACUGUUGCUGUGUCACAGUCUUUUUAUCCUUUCUUAACAAAAAAUAAAAAAUCACUGAUUCAUUAUAUUGGUAAAAGAAUGCAGAAUAAGCUGUUCCUAAAAAAAAUAGAAAUAAAAAAUAAAAAAACUGGAAUAAGAUCAGCCAGAGUGUCACAGGAGCUUAAAGUUGCUGUCACAGCAGCAAACAGACAAUAGUAAAAAUGAUAGAGGCUGAAAUACUGCUAUUUUAAUAUACCAAAGUGAGAAACAGGAGGGUAUUUUCCUGAUCUGAAAAUCAUGUAAAGCUAUUAAGGUAUCAGAGAGGAAGUGUAGAGUCUGAAAAAAAAAAGAUAUUUCCCUCUCUUUAAGGAAAAGAAAGUUGCCUUGCUACCAACCUUUCAUACAACAGUAGAGGCAGGACAGAAAAGGAGGAAGCUAGUGGCUUCAGGUGCUAAUAUAACAAAUGACCCGCUGAAUUGUCUUCCCAUCUUACACUGUAUCAUUUGUUCUUCUUUGCAAUCUUCUUACAAACUUCUUUUAAAGUAAUCCCUCUCGUUCUGAUCGUCAUCUUUCCCCCCUCACUUCCUUUUGACAUUUCAAAUCUCCAAAAUAAUCUGUUUUUUCGCCCCCGUCCUCGUGCUGCAGGUCUGUUAUUGGACACAUUCACAAAGUCACAUGACAUUUGUCAGGCUCGAGCUGCCUUUCAGAGCACUGUCACACAAUAUGCGCCCUCUCCUUCCUUCACUGUCAGGGCGAGAGUCGGGGCGCUGAGACAGUGGCCUGACCAUGCAGCUCUGCUCUGUGAAUUUUUAUAUGCCACUGCCUGGAGGUUAGAAACUCUAAUUAUGCCGUGUUAGAUUUAUGAAAAUAGAUUAUGGAAAUGUUAAUUAAGUCAUUAAUUACAUUAUUUAAGCAGCAUUGACAGAUAAGGGAGUGUGUGUGCGUAUGUGUGUGUGUAUGUGUGUGUGGGGGGGUAUCGAGCUCCCUGGGUGGUUUAAAAGGAUGUGAUUGGUGACAGGGGACACUGUGGAGAUGGCGUCUAACCGCAAGAGCUGACAUGAUACAAAGUGGCCUACACUGCUCUCUCACCUCACGCUACUGUCUGCAGCAGUUUGCAGAGCUGCCCGAGGACGAAUAGCUCAUCGCCCUUUUGCAGAUAUAAGUGUACACAAGGCGACUAAUGUGCUGUUUUUGAUGUAACAUGGAUACAUAAGUUGACCAAAUUUAGAGAAAGAGAGAGGACAUUGUUCAAAGUAUACACAUAGUUAGUUCUGCUUUAUAUUUUCCUCUGCUUGAGCAUCGGGAUGAAGCAUUUGCUAUGACAUUUAAAGCAAAGGCCUCAAAGCAUAUUUCCAAGCUGCUCCGAAGGAAAACACAACAGCACCAUUGUGAGAUGAAUUACCCCGGAGUUGAUACUAUGGACUCUCUUAUCUGCUGACAGUUUAGUUACCACGAAGCACGAGAAAUGUGUUUUCCAAUUCUCUACGAAUUGAGCUUUUCUUUGUCCCAUCAAACCUAUAUUAAGGGAGGGAAAAUUGCUCUGAUCACAGUUGAUAAGGAGCAAAUGAUAGAUGUUGUAAACAAGCAGAAUGCUUCAAUUCUGAUCUGAGGCAUUGAUUUGCCUCUGAGGCCAAUUACUAUGUGGACUGAAGUUCUGCGUUCAGUCAGUCUGCAGGGAGGGGGGUUUCUUUCCUGUUUCAUGUCCAGUGUAUUUCUAUGUACAACACAAUUCUGAGGGGGUUUGAACUGCUAGAUUAGAAUAAAGCGCUAACUGUUACUGUUUGAAGUAAUGAGCAACAGUCUUAAUUCCUCAGGUCCUCUGUCAGGUUGCAAGGCAGUGUUCAAAGAUGUAUGUCUUGAUAUUAAUUGGCUGCUGAUUGUAGGAAAUUAUAUGGUAAAAGACUGGUCAAGUACCUCAGAGCCAAGCUGUCAUGAUUAGCUCCAUCAGUCACAUGAAGAACAUGAUGGCGAAUAACUGCUGUGAUAGUUAGCACGCACCAACAUGGAGAAUGACGUGAUAACACCUUGUUCCCAACAACUCUAAUAUACACUAUACUUUCCUGUGUGAUAGCACUUAGACGGAUUGUAAAAAAGGAAAGACUUCAUAAGACAAAAAUAAAGAGCUGGAACUCCAAAUGACAAAGGAAAUGCCUGCCUUGUAUAUAAACACACAUCCUUUAUGUGACUGAGAUUUAUCCAAACCCUUCACAUCACAUGUUCAAGAAAACAAAGACUGGAAAUAUGGCUCUACUUUAUACCACAAUUCCUAAAAAGGUUUACAAAAAUGAGUACUAGGGAUGCCCUAAUUCUGAAAACCAUACAGAACCAUUUAGUACAAGACUCAUGGUUCGAAGCAUACUUGUAAUUUGAAUUCUUUUUUCAUUGUUUUUGCUCUAACUGGUUUCCAUGUAGCAUAUUUGAAAAUCUGACAAUCUCCUUGAUUCAUUCAGGAUUCAGGAUCCUCAUUCAGGAUCCUCAGCUUCAGUAUCUACAGAUAUUUGAAAUUGUAAUAUUAUACCAUUACAGCCACAAAACUAAGCUGCAUAAUUACAGUGACAUAUUAUGCAUCACCUCACAGUGGGAGGGCCUCUGCCCUCAGUUAGUUGUUGCAUAAAUAGAGAAUAAUGCAUGUGUUUGUGUUUAAUCAAAUAAUACCAUGGGAAAAUGGCUUUUGGUGAAAUAAAGGAAUGGGUUUGAUCAUGACCUAAUGUGAGGCCAUGGGUCUCUGCUAUAUAACUGUGGAUUUGUCCCUCCAGGGCUGACAGAGACUGUGUCUAAGUGAAGGAUUUCAAAUGUCUCUGGUAUCUUUUUCUUAGUCGUUCAAGGAGGGUCACUCUGUGUGAGAUCGCCUGUGCUUGUUUACAUCCGGCUAGUCGAGCACUGUAGCACUAUGGCUGUGAAGAGGAAGAUAAAGGUGCAACUGCUUAAAAUUUAACCAUAGUCCUGUAUUCUGACCUAUUUGGGUACUCACUCUGAAAAAAAGGGUGGACUCUUGAAAACCUCAACUGUGUGAUUUUUGAGCUUGGCUUGUUGAUUAAUGCUUCAUUUUUAACUGUUUACGUUGAUUUUUUUUUACUUUAAAAAUGUCACGUUCUUCUACCAAAAUUUAUGCUUUUUUUUUUUUUGUCAUACCCCUGACAGAAUAAGAUAUUGUUCAUUGGGACUUUUUGAGGUUCAUAUAAAUGCAUCAUUUUUCAGAUAAACUCCAUGCACUUGUUCCUUAUAUCACCCAGAGAAUGGCAAACAGUUUAUUGUUGACCAGACAGUAGUAUAAUGUACAGAACCUGUCUCCUGGAGUACAGUCAUGUACAUUUAAUAUACAUUAGCGCAUAUAUUUUUAUAUACAAAGUGCAUUAAACAUAGACCUUCUGCUUAAUGUCAACUUAUUUAAUUUGAUCGUCCUCUGUAUGUACUCUGUGAGGCAAAUUAUGUUCAAUCUUCUGAAUCUGGUCAGUGUAACCUAUUGGUUUUUUGUUCUUGAUCUGUUUGACUUGAGUCUUUGUGCUAUGGUAAAAAAAAACUAAACUAAACAAAAAAAAAAAAAAACAUUGAUCAUCCUACAUGAAUGGAAACACAGCCCUGCCCUUAAAUGUGGCUUUCUACCCUCUGAUGUUCCCUCUUUCAGCUGACAUUUGAUGUUUUCUAAGUUUAUUUUGCCAGAGAGAAAUAAAAAAACUCACCACAACAGUUCUUAGCAAAUGAGCAAUGUAACAGCAAUAUAAAGUAUAGUUCAGGCACCACAAAGUGUUUCGUUAAAGUCAAACAAUGUCCUGGUCUUGGCAAUGUGUGAAAGUCAAUCCAAUUAAAAAUGGAUAAAUAAAGAAAGAAAGAAAGGAAGAAAGAAAGAAAGAAAAAGAAAGAAAAGUAUAGUGUGAUAUGGCCUACGGUAUGUUUAAAAAUAUUUUAUCCUCAUUAAACUACUCAGUCAUGCCAUGUAAUUUUAAGAUAAAAACCUUAAUUCCCUAGAAAUAUAGCAAAAAAUACAAAAUUUUAUGUAUAAGCUAAAGGUAGGGUAGUCAGGAUCUGAGGAAGUGCCAGUUUUUGAGAGGAAUCUUGAAUGUAAACACUAGCCCUCCCAACCAGUUUUCCCCUCAGCUCCUCUCCCCUAUCUCUCUGCUCCAGCAAGCCCCGCCUACAAACAGACGCUCCUGCUCGCUCGUAUCGUUUCCAUUAAAUUCAGAUAUGAUGCAGAUAAACACUUUAGAUGAUUCUAAAACUAGCAUAAAGUGACAUACUCCAGGACCUGCAGAAAGGUUACAGGGUCUGUAACAUCCCAAUCGUUUUAUGUUGACCCAGUUUUUUACCUCUUGUCCGGUCUACCUCCAUUUUAAGCACCCAUUAUUCUGCCAGAGUCCCCGGUAUACACUUUGUUUUCUUACUUGUGUUGGCAGUCAUGGCCAAAGGAGAAUUCAGACAAUUUUCCAUACUUUCUGGUUGGUUUCUACUGUCCAAUAUUGUAGCUCAUUAACUUUUGUUUGGGCUCUUGAUUGUUAUUUGUAUAGUUUGCCUCAUAACAUGAGGAAGCAGCGUCUGCCUCACAACCAAUCAGGUUGAGGAGGCGGGAAAUGGCUUUGUUUACAGUCAGAAAGAGUGGGACGCUUAAAAAUUUUGAAGUGUUGACUACAAAGAUAUAAGAGAACACAGCGAUAUCAUUUUAGUGCCAAAUGCCAUAAAUAACUAAUAGCUAUUGACUGAUAUUAAAGGCUUUUUUUGUAUAUUGAUAAUUAAUACAGGGCUUUGAAGUGGUCCUCUCUAAGGUGACAGCACAAGUUGUGGACCCAGAGCCAGACUGAGUUUUAAACCCCAAUUCAAGGAACUCACUUUAUCGUAGCAACAAAGAAUUUGGCAAAAAGUUGUUUUUUGGAGCUUUUAAGAUGAAAACAACUUCCUCCUUUACACUAAGAGAGUAAUGUAGUUGUAAGCUGUAAAAUCCUGAAAUUAUCUCCAUUUCAAAACCAAGGUCUGAAGUUUUAGCAGCAGCCCCUUUCCCAAUGCUUUCAACUAAUCUGAAGUCUCAGGGAGUGACACAGUAAGGGGAUUAUUAUCCUGCUAUUAUACCAACAAAGUUCACUGGGAGGAGCUGAGGUGUGAACAAAGCUAAUUGGACUUUAAUAGCAGAACAAUGUGGAUUAAGGCUCUCAGACCUAACGUUGUCCCUCUGUGGUCUUCUCAGGUGUCUGUCCAGCUACCUUGGCAGCCGGUACCAGCAGGCUAAGCAGGUCUCCUUCACAGUCCGGCCAAGAGGCUCAGAGGAGGCCGAAUCAGGUCCAGGCCGUUGGGAUCGCCCUGAAGCCGCUUCAACGACCGCAUGCCUCGCUUCAUCUGCACCUUCGUUCUCUGAAGUAGACGAAAGAAAAGUGGGUGUGUUGAAAAGCGGAUGUCUAAGCUCUUCCUGA